CAACACUAUUGUGUACAAUAUGGCGACCGAAUUGCCAAGAUACAGCUGACAGAAAAUAAUCACUACCGAUUUAUUUAUUCGGAAAAACAUCAAAAUAUGUUGCGUAGUUUAUUUUAUAAGGAUAUUUGUUCCUAAACUGGACUUUUGUAUGGUAAAGUAAUAGUUCAUAUAUCUUUUCUUAAGUUUUCACAAUAUAUUUGUAUUGUCAUAAAUAUGACGUCGGUAGACUCGCCGUAGCCGUAGAGUAUUCUAACUCUGUGUAAGAUGGAUUGUGGAUAAGAUUGUAGUAGACUCAUAGGCUAGGCUAUUUUAGUAUCUGUAAAGUAGCAGUGUAUGGAGUUUUGUAUUUGCAGUGCAGGCAUAAGGCCUAUACUAUGAAUAAAUGCUUGGUUUACUUUAUUGAAAACAACACUUUAUUUUAUGAAAUUAAAAUAGUACGAACAAGACUUAGUUGUAGUAAUUAUUUGUAAUGGUCAAUUUAUACUUUACUUUACGACUACUACCUGAGUUUCAGUUUCUGUAUAUGAGAGAGAUCCCUUUGUUUAGUCAUGAAUUGUUACUUGGGUUAACUAAUUCUCUUUUUUUAUACGCUGACGGAAUGGAAUGGAAUUUGUAAUUUCAACUGACAGUUGAAAACAAGGUCCGAGUCUAGUCUGAUCAUUUGAUAAAUAGAUUUAGGAUUUUGAGAUUUGAUUUAUGGUGGAAAUUGUAAUAAAGUGUGUAAAAGUGUAUUCCAUGAAACUGGAAGUCUAGUUUUCAUUAUUUUGAACGUUUUAAACAUAAUUUUAAUCUUUUUAUUAAAAUUUGUGAUUUCUCAGUACAAGAAAAACAAAAAAUUCUUCAAUCUCUCCCAUUCCCCUCCCCAUUUUAGCAGAUAUGUUUGUGCACAACUUUUUUGACAAGGUCGUCAUCUGUGUCUGCUGUCAUGGCAACAAAGAUAGCAGCCAGGUAAAAAAAGUUGGGCACAAAUAUGGUAAAUAGUGGGAGUUGGAUGGCAUAAAUUUACCAUAUUAAGUAAUUUAUUUACUUAAAAUUUGGCUUUGACUGAACUAUUAAGGGCAUCUGAAUAUGAUUAUUCAUAAUGAUUUGUUAGAAUGAAUAUAAGACUCCAGCUUCACUAUAAUGUUGUUGGCCUCCAUAGGUCUUCUUGAGACUUAUGUUUGUUUGUUUUGUUUCAGAAUGGGGAGGGGGUGGUUGAGUUGGGGGGGUAGUGUUAAAGUAUUAUUUUUCUAAAGUUAACCAUCUUUUAUGUUUUUCAUAUAUUGUUAUACAAAUAUAUUUCACUUCUUUUUGUGUUAGUUUUAACCUAAAAUUGUGAAUCUUAAAGCCUAAAUGGCAACAAAAUUAAAAUUCAGUUUUCUCUAAGAUUGCAUUAAGACCCCUUUUUUAUACUUCCCACUAAUUAGUGGGGGGGCAGGGAUUAAACAUUUUGGUAAUCAGUUGGUGCAUAGGGUAAAAUAAAGCUUGGGAAACUAGCCAAAAGCAUGUUUAAAAUGUGCCGACGGUCCCCCCACUUUUUUUAUCCUCCUGUGCAGCUGUUAGAUUCAGUUCAAAGAAAUAAAUACAUCAAAAAUUAUUUCACACAAAAGCAACAGUGCCACCACGAUAAAGACAAAACAUUGUAUUGAUUUAUCUAAAAAUUUUUAAAAUAAUUAAAUAUCAUGUAUUUUACAGAUUUUUGGGUCACUUUUGGCUUUACUAGAGAUGUUAGAGAGUGUCAGAAUUUCAAGAUAAUCAUUAAAUGUACAUACUUUCUGCAGACCACCAAAACCACCCAGUACACAAGUAUGCAUAAUCUCCAAAAUCUACAACCCCCUCCCCACAGUGUGUACGUAAUGGAUAGACCCAUAUCAUAAUGAUUCAGAAGUUUAAAUCUAGUGGCUAAUUGUUUUUUUAUAAUCAUUAAAUAUCCUGGCAUUUCACACUGUAAUUUUCUAUGUGUCUGUGGAUUUCCCCAACCCCCAUUUGCAGCCAGGGGGGGGGGGGUUUAGAAAAUGUGUAUUUUGUCAGGAUUUCCUUUAUGGACAACCACAUAUGGAAAAUGUUUGUUUUAUUAUAUAUCUUUCAGCCAAAGUGGGAACUGGCUGGCCAAAUCAGGAAAUGGCCAAUAUCGCCUAACAUUGACUGGCCAAUGUCCGAUAUUUUCUUGAUUUCGGGAUUUAGCCAGCCAGUUUGCGAAAUGGCAUGUGGCGAUUGUCCAAAGUCAGAAGAUAAAGGUCAUGAUCAGAUUUUGGAUGUUGGUAUACCGUAAUGAUAAUCACAUUUUAUUGAUUAUUAAUUGUAUCAAAUUACCAAAUCAGUCAAAUUAGUUUAUUAUAGUAAAUUAUCAAUCUCUAUCAUCAUGUGUCACAACAAUGAACUUUUAUGAUAUUCCAAAUCAUACAGCAGUUUGUUAUUUUUAGAUUUGCAAUGAUUUGUUGAGCACUUGGUAGUGCCAUUGCAUUGAGUGUAGCCUUGGCCGCUGAUCAGUGAUUGUGAAGACGCGACGGUUCGUACUGAUUUUUCUGUGCCCACCGGUGAUAACAUGAUCAGUUUCUCGUGCAGAAUGGAAAACUCACUUUUUGAAUACUGUUGUUUGAGAACACCGUAUUCUAUUUCUAGCUUGUAGAAAGCGCCCUCGACGUUCAUAACAACUGCAAGGAUGCUUUGUGGAUCACCGCAACCUCUGUCAACAUCUGGUACAAGGAUGUAUACAUUAUCUCCAACUAUCGCUGGUGGGAAUUUUGCAUCUGAAUUUUAAAAAAAAUCUUGGCACCUUGAGUUUGCAAACUAGCAUGAGCUGCUGAUCUCAUGUUCCUGAUUUCUAUUUUAUUAUUAUUAUUAUUAUUAUUAGGUGGUUUUAUAUAGUGCAGUAUCCCAGCCUAGGGCUAGGCUCACCGCACUUCAAAUAAAAAUUAGCAAUUAAAGAAACAUAUAACGUUUAAAAACAACAAUUGGUGAAAAGCUUGACCACACCCAACCAAGUACUAUCUACCCCUGUCUAGCCAUGGACAGCACCCAGCAGAAUUGAGAGUUGUUUAUCAGUCAGAAGGGGGUGAGAAUGAGUCGAUUUAGUACUGUUUGAAGAGAUGGGUCUUGAGGGCAGAGUUGAAGGCUGUGACGGUCAUUAUAUAGCGGAUGUGUAAUGGGAGAGAAUUCCAUUGUGUUAGGGCACAGAAAGAGACAGAUCGUUCACCAUAUGUUUUAGUGCAUGUUGUGGGAACACAAAGAAUACGCAUGUCUGUGGAAGAAUGAAGCUUUUGAAGGGGUAAAUAGACAGUAAGAAUAUCAGUAAGAUAGGAUGAGCAUCAACCAGAAAAGAAGUUGUGACAGAGAACAGACAGCUUGAAAUCAAUGCGCGCCUGUAUAGAGAGCUAAUGAAGUGAGUGAAGUAGUGAAGUGAUGUGAUCACAUUUCUUUGUAUUGUCUUUAGAACUUAACUAGCAGUUGUGUUUUGAACUUUCUAUAGUUUUCUAUUAAAUUUUUAGUGAAGAAGAGAUGUACAACAGUCAAGACGAGAGAGAACAAGAGCACAGACUAAUGUUUUUGUUGUGAGGUAGUGGCGGAUGGAACUGAUCUGACGGAUAGCAGUGUAUGCAGAGCGGCAGAUGUGAGAAAUAUGAUUAUUGAGAGAAAUGUUGUCAGAGAGAAUGUAACCAAGAUUAUGACAUAGUCUGCAAGUAAUUUUCCAUCCGUACGCUUUGUCUGCUUCAUUACCUAUUCCACAAAUUGCGUGAACAUCACUGCCGCAGUAUCCACAAGAAUGGGCUGAAUUAAACUCUUUUUACACACUACACAGAAACUGUUUGCAUUGUUAGUCUUGCAUCAGCACAUCGAAUAUUGGACAGGGCUUUUGCCAAGAGAGUUACAACAGUCAAGUCAAUCUGUUGGCCAAAGGGCAAAAUGGCCAGUCGAUUCAGGAACUGGCUAAAUUUCGGGCUUGGCCGUAAUAUAUAUGUAUAUAUAUAUAUAUAUAUAUAAAUAUAUAUACAGUCUUUAGAAUGAAAUAAACAAAGACCUCUUUUAAAAGUUUAACUCGCUGCUUGAGACUUGAGUGGAUCAGCUGUUUUCAAUCUUUUCAGUGCAGUGACCCUUUGACAACAAUUUUCCAAGACCCCUUUGAUAACAAUUCCCUAGACCCCUUGAUAACAAAUUCCCUACACCCCUUGAUAACAAUUCCCUAGACCCCUUGAUAACAAUUAUAUAGACUCCUUGAUAAAAAUUCCCUAGACCCCUUGAUAACAAAUGCCAAGUUGUGGUGACCCACAACCAGGACUAUUCCUAUAAAUUUAGAAAAAAGUGUUGAGAAGUUGGGAUUGGGUGCAGGUAUUGAAUAUCAUUUACUGAUAUACAUUUUAUAAAUUUAUUGUCUCUUUAUACUCAAUGAUAAUCUUUCUUCAUAUAUAUUUACGAAAGAAUGAAAUUUUAAAAAAAAUUAUUGUGCUCUGUACAUUGUACAAGAAACAAUUAAAAGUUACAAAAUGUCGGUGGAAGUUACCAACUUUGAAAUUAUUUAAAAGAAAACAAACUGAAAAAUGUUGUUGUUGAGUACAACAAAAUGUUAAAAUUUUCGCAACCUAAGAGCAUAAAAUGUGUGAGAUGGUUGUGCUUGCUUCUUUUUUGCACAUUAAGAAAUUAUCUGGACAGUCUCCGCAAGAGCAUAAAGCAGACCAUUUUCUGAAAUAAGCUUUGCCUCUGUAUUUAGACUUGGCAACAAGAAAGCUUAAAAAAUUAGUUUCACAAUUUCAUGUAGUUGGAAAAUGAACAUGAUGUCAGAAAAUAAGAUGACAAUGCACAUAUUUUAAAAAUUGGAAUAAAAUAUUUUGUUUUAUGACGUUUUUUUUAAAAAAUUCUUUUCAGGUAGGCCCAUUUUGAUGUAGUUCUCAAGCAGUUCAAAUUGAAAUUGAAUACCACUACUUAAAAAAAAAAAUGACUGCUCUAACGUCUAAGCUUACAUCUUAUGAUAUAAAUUAUUCAUAUUCUUCAAGUUCAAGUGAGUAUGUCAAAAUGUUUAGCUGUGUCUCGUUUAAUUCUCCCAAAAAUAAAUUGAAAAUUAUAUUUCAUCUUGCACCUUACUUAAAGAUAAAUAGUGCAAACACAUGAUUCAAAAUAAAAUAGGAUCUAACUCAAACAAUUAUUUUAUAAAAAUUGAAACUAAAGCAUUUCAAUUUAAUUGCCUUGAGGUCUAACAAUAAGUUAAAAGAACAACAUUUUAAAUUUAGUCAAAUUUCAAUUCAAAAUUAUUUAAAAAUCUGAUGUUGAUAAAAAAAGGAAAUAUUAUUCGCAUCAUAUUGUUUAAGGGUCUUCAAAUCAAGCAUUUCCAACCAGUGGAAGACCCACCAUCUGAUACAUUUAUGCAAUUUACGGCUUUAUGGUUUUGAACAUUUGUGGUAGAAUUUUUCAAAAUGUAUCACCUUACAGGAAUAAGAAUGUUUUCAACUUUAAUUAAGAUUAUAACAAUUGACUGCAUGGCAUUACAUCUGUUGUUUUUUUAUCCAUUGCAUUAAUUAUACUCUAUCACAGAAAAUAAGGAAUGUAAAAAAGGAUGAAAAAGCCUAGUAGGCCCAAUUUCAUAAUUUCAUAAUAUUUUGUGCAGUUUUUCUAUAUUAUAUUUUUUUUUUAAAAUUAAUAAAACUUAUUUGGGAUAAAAAAAUUUAACCAAUGCUAAGUAAGUAAUAUUUGUUUUCAAUAUUUUAUUAAUUUUUAAAUUAAAAAGAUUCCCAUUUCUGUUCUGUUUGUUUUUCAAGCCCAGUUUUACCAAUAUUGAGAAGAAUUAUUUCAUACAUUUUAUUAUAUUUUUUUAAAAGUUGAUGAAAGAUGCAUAUAUAAUAUACAGGCAUUCCCCAAAUAGUGAUCUGUGGACCGGUGCCGGUCUGUUAGCCUUACUUUGCUGGUCUACACAUUAGUCAAGAGACUAGAGGGACAGUGACACGUUUAGCAUGGUUUCAAAAUAGUCUUUGAAAAUCAAGAUUUUCUUUAUUAUAAAAAUUACCCAGGUUGUACGCAUCAAAGGAGUCUAAGAAGCUGACAGUAUGUUCCAGAUUAAAAAUUUAAGAGAUAUGAAAUAUAUCAAUGAAAAGACAACAAACAAAGCCAAACGUAUGGCAUAAACAUUUUUUGGCAUACAAGAUCAUGCAUGAUGCCAGAUAAUACAUAUAACAGUUGGAAAAGGUGACUAAAUCCAUGUGACCAAAGAGGAAAUCACAAGCGUACCAUACUUUUGGGCUUUUUUAUGUCUGAAAAAUAUUGCAAGUUUUCAUCACUUAUUUUCAUGCAACACACCCCCACCCUGAAGGGGACACACUUAGAAAGCUCUUUUCAUUAGGGCAUGAUGUGGUUUUUACAGACCAGUUGGCGUUCUGGGAAAAUAUCUUUUCCAGCUUAAAUGAGCUAAACAAAUCAAUGCAAAGAAAUAUGGUUUACAAUGGCCAACAAAAAGGUCAUAAACAAAAGCUAGAGGCUAAGAAAAGUCGUCGAAUAUCAGAAAACUGUUUUGAUAUGCUUCACAACUUAGCAGCAGCCAUCAUUGAUGUAGAAGAAUUAAAAGACAUAUCGCUACAAAAACUCAUAGCUGAAUACUUACCGACUUGACACAUCUCUAGAAAAGGUCAUAACUGAACACUUGACCAACUUGACACAUCUCUACAAAAACUCUAAAUGAACAAUUGUCCAAACUUAAAAUUUUGUUAUAUGCUGCAUAAGACCACUAGUUCUAAUCAUUUAAAAAAAAAAGAUUUCCCUCAUACCUCAUGUAACACAGCAGCUCACAAUAGGCCUACUGAAAUAAACAAUAAUUUAGUCAGAGCAGGAAACCUUAAAUGAAAAUACAGAACAAUUUAAAUAAAGUUUCAGCUGAAAGCCUCCAUCUGCUGAAAAAAAAAAAACACAAAAGAGAAUGAGAAAUUAAACAACCCCUAAAAACAUAGUUAGAUAAAUACUUUAUAAAAGGUAAUGUCAAGCAUUGAGGGUGUGUGAAAAUAAGAUAAAACAUGUCAUUAAAAUAACACACUUUAUAAGAAUCCCAAUUAGGGCUCUCUCCCUUAAGGCUCGGAACUCCACAUUUUUUUCACACCACUGAACUCUAUUAAUAUUCUAAUGACCCACCCACUUUUAUACUGCAGAUUUAUUUCACCAACAACUUUAGAAAAACAAAAGAAAAUAAUAUGCACCAAAUUCACUUGUGAUAUUUUUUAAAAAAAGAAUUGCAUUUAGCACAGUUAUCAGCAAUUUUAUUUUACCCUUGAAAAAAAGGGAAAAACAAAUUUUUGUGGGUUGGGUUUGCUGGCUUGGACUGAAAAUUUGAUAGAAUGUUUUGUCUUUGGCAACAAGUCCAUGUACCAAGUUUCAGCUCAAUAGCUUGAUGGGAAGUAGGUCAAUAGGCCCUCCAAAAAUUUUGCCACCCAGCCAGCCACAAACAAAUGUGAAGUUAAUAUAAAUUAUUUAAAAAAGUAACGUAACUUGAUUGCUGGAGGAAUGAUACACUACUUGAGUAGUGACAGGAAGUUGUCCAAGACCAAAAUAAACUGAGAAUUUUGGUAAACUGCAUAUAAAAAUAAAUCAAACCCCCUCCAGUUAAAUUUACUCUAAAAUUAAUCAACUAAUAAUGUAACAAUGGGCUGUUGUUUUUUAUAGUGGCUAAACAGAUGUUUAAAUAUCUUUUUAUUAAAAGAUUUUAUUUCACUUGGAAUGUGGGUUGUUUGAUCAAAGUCUUUAAAAAUUCAAGCCAAAGUUUCUCUAAGUUCUGCUUAUCCUAUAUAGAAGAUAUAUGAUACAAAGUUUAGUACUGAAGUAAAUUUUGAUCUAUAAAAAAUUUGCACAUUCUUAAAUCACCUAUUUUUAUAAAUGUGUAGAUACAAAUUUGAAGCUAAUAUUUGAUUAAAUAAAGCUUCAAGAAUAUAGCAUAGCCAUAAUAACAAUGGAAUAACUUUAACUACUUUGGGUUUCUAAUUUUAACAACAAAAUAUAACAGCUGGUUAGCUAAGUUGGCAGCUUUUUGUGAUGAUAAUGUGAAGGUCAUGGGUUACUCCCUCAUUCUGAUCAUUUGUUUGUUUGUUUGAGUUGUCUUUCAGCUAAUAACAAUGGUGUAAUUUAGUUUCCAUUUAUUUUUUGCGUGUGUUAUAAACAAACACUCAUGUAGGGAAAAUGUUAUAAAAGUUAAUGUCUAUCACCCUCAAUCUCAUUGAAUUGUUGAUUCUUUUUGUGCAUGUCCCUUACUAAUUAAAAGCAACAUAAAAAGGAUUGGGAGGGAUAAACAUGGACCAGAAAAGUUCCAUUAGCUUGAUGGACUGCUGGUCCAAUCAAUGAUUCUCCAUGGCCCAACUCUCAUACUUUAGUCUUAUUAUAUCACGAAUCAAUGUGUGCAAUGUGUAUGCUAUAGCCAAGGGAUACAAUCAAUGGCAGACUCACAGUUAAUCUAAUCAACCAUGCCUAUCAUUUUCUAUUUGUUUUCUUGUUUUAUUUAUUACUUUUGUUAAUUAAGGUAAAUUGCAUUCUCUGAUAGAAACAUCAGAGUUACUAUUUAAACUUAAGAGGAGUUCUCAAGCACUAUAAAUAAAGAGAUCACUAAAUUUUUUUAUUUUAUUUUAUCCUGACAUUGAAAUCAAAUAGGUUUAAAAAUACUUUUUUUUUUUUUAAACAUAUUGUAUUUAUAUCACCAUUGCUUGGUUACAUAUUAUAGAAAAUUUGAAAUGUCAAGGAAGAAGAGAUUUUUGUGUCAUUUUUUUGUAAAUAAAUAUUUUAAGCUAUUUUGUCUUAAAUAUUAUAAUCAUGGAAAAUUUUUAUAAUGAGAUUUAGAAAUGCAUCUCUGCAAUUUAGUUAGCAUUGUAAAAAGGAACUAAAAAACAAAUUAAUGGUGUAUUUGUGUUUUAAAAAAGUUCUAGUAUUAUGACGUUUGCUUUAGAUUUUAAUUUAUCUUCCAGUCCCAAUUAAAACAAUUAUUUGUGUUACUCUUAGAUGUCAAAUUUGAUAUCAGCCACAAAACUGCACUGCACAGCACAAAAUGCUCAAAGCAAAAUGAAGCUAAAGAUAUAAUUAACUUAAAAGACUUACAGAUGAAGCCGCAAAGACCAAAAGAGUGGGAACUUGAUGUGCGUUCCCUUAUAUCUUCCCGAAAAUGGUUGCAAAACUAUGGGCUUAAAAAGAAUCGUCUGCAACUUAAUCAAAUUCUCCCAUCUAUUGGGUUUAAAAUUAGUGAUGGUAAGAAAUUGCAAUUAAUUUACCUUGAACUCAGAAAUAUUAUCUAUAUAUGUUAGUGAUCUAAAGUUCACAGUGCCAUGUAUUGAAGUCAGUACUAUAGUGAUUUUAUUCAAAUUAAAUAUGCUAAACUUUUUAGAAAAACUUAAAACAAACAUAAUUGCACCAACCGCAUUUCAUUUUUAACUUUUAAUAAUAAUAUGUGAUAAUGUUUCCUCAAAGAAUUUGAUGAAGCUCUGAAAAAACCUGUUAGCUCCCGUUACUGUGAAGGGCAAUUCAGCCAGCUGUUACGACCUGAUGGAAGAACUUUUAAUGUAAGUAGAAAGUUUUCUGAGUAUUUUAGCUAAAUUUUAGCAUUCAGCCUUUUUCUGGUUCAGUAUUUCAUAUUACAAUUAGUAUUUGACAAAGGUGCAUGGAAAUGACCUAUAAACAUUUUUAAAGAGCUAUUAUUAUUCCUCUCCAACCUAUUAAAAAUCACUAAUUUAAAUUCACUAAUUUAAAUUUGCAAAUUUAAAAUCAAUAAUUUAAAAUCACUAUCCAUUGAAAUGGUGUCAUGUUUAUUGACAUAAAAUUUUUUAAUACGGAUUCUGUAUGAGAUUUUGUCUCCUUUUAAUUUUUCUGUAAAGCUGUUUAUAAAAUCUAUAUUCAAAAAACAUUUUUAUGGUUGAACUAUGUCUGCAUGUUGAAGCUUAAAUGUCAUUAGACUGAUGGAUGGUAAAGGAAACUUGUUUAUUACAGUGGAGGACGUUUAUUUUGUAUCAGUUUAAUGCAACCAGUAGAUCUAAAGUGCUUUUUAAAAAAUGUAUCUUCUUCAAUUAAAGAAAUAAUGUUGUAGAAUAAGCACCUGAACAAUCCAUUUUUUAAAAUAAAUCUAGGUCAACUGCUCGAAGGACAAACUCCUUCAACUGGAGAAGCGUCUCCUGCAGUCUGUCAACCUCUUUAGAAGGAGAUUGGAAUGGCUAACCACAGAGAGCAGGAGAAUAUUUGGAGUGAUUGAAGAGCGCUCAAUCACAAUAGUUCUGGACAUUCAGAACAUGGACCCUGAACUCUUUGACCAGUACAGAGUUGCACUUGAGAGGGUCAUAAGAGAACAAGUAUCACAGAUUGCCAAAUUUAAUCUCAUUAGGUUAGUUUUUCUUAAUGGUACUUGUUUAAUGCUAACUAAUGUAUUUUGAUACACGCUUCGAGCUGUUCUUUUAUUUCAUAUUGACUUUAAUUUGACCCCCUAAGCACAUAGAGAUAAAUACAUGGUCCUUUAUAAUAAUUUAUAUAAUUUUUUUUUUCAAUUUGACACUACUACUCAUCCUAAUAUGCAAUUUAUUUUGGUGAAAAAAUAAUUAUAUGCUGCUGGAAAUAUGCAGGAAUAAACAAAAGGCAUCAAUGUUUUAAAAAAAAAAGUAUCUGAAUAUUUAAGACAAUUAAGCGAACAUCUAGAAUAAGGCAUCUAACAGGAACAUCUGCUAAAUUGUCUUGCUUUUAUUUUCAAGCCUAAAUCUAUCUUGUUCCACUAUUUAUUUACUUUGCACGGCUUGAACCUUUCCCUCAAUUCUUAUCUUGAAUAUUUACAGCUAUUUGGAUUGUUAUCAUUUUUUAAAAUAAAUAAGAAAACUUAAAUGGAUGAGAAGCCAACUAACUCCGUAAACAAGAAAGUUAAUUACUAUAAUUGUGUCUGUUGCACAUUGGAUUUUUAUGAACUAGAUUAAAGCUUAAUGUUUUUGUUUGUUUGAUUGUUUUAGAGCAUGUGAGGACAUUACAUCAUUUAGCCCUGAGUGUGUACCAGUAUCCCAUGAUACAGUUGAAAAUGCUAUAGAGUGGAUGUGGAGCCUAGAUCGCAUGGUUAAAGUCGCCAACUCUUCAGUAGCUGAAGCUGUUCUCAGAGCUUUUGAGGAUAACCAUGUAUGCUAUAUUAUGUUUAAUAGAAGGCUUAUACAAGGUUUGACUGCAUUCUAGGUUAAAAGUAUUAAAAUAAAAUAAUUAUGGGUGAAUCUUUGCUAACAAAAAAUAAUUAAUCUUUUAAGGAGAAACCUUUUAUCAGACGCUAAAGAUACAUAUUUUAUAUGAAAAAGAAAUAAAAGGACAUAUUUAUUUAUCCUUUUCUAUUGCAUUCUAAAAACGUAGAUAUGCAAUUUUUAAGUUUUUUUGUGCUUCUUUUGAUCUAUCAUUUUAAGAAACAUUUAAAUGAGACAAAGUUUUAAAAUUAUGAAUAAUAUUAUUUCUUGCAUUUUGCUAGAUUGAGGCAGUUUACCUGUACACUGAAGGGACAUCAGUUGAAUGUGGGAAAGAGAUAUUGAAACAGAAGGUUAGUGGCUAGUAUUAAUAUUUCAAUAACCACAUUUGAAGACUGAUUUUGCUCCAGCGUCUGCAACAAACGUUCGGUCUCACUGAUACCGCCCUGUGUUGGUUCCGAUCGAAUCUGACUAAUCAGGUCCAGUCAGUUAUUUCAAACGACUUGACCUCGAAGAAAUCUAAUAUCGAAUUCGGAGUACCCCAGGGCUUAGUCCUAGGCCCGGUGCUUUUCACGAUGUACAUUCAGCCCCUGGGUGCAGAGAUCAGGCAGUUUGACAUUGGUAUCACAUGUACGCGGAUGAUACACAACUUCAUCAAUCCGUGAUCCCUUCUCAGUUCCCUCAGCUGCUCAGUAUGACACAGAAGACAAUGGAGUCGGUUAAGCACUGGAUGACCAUAAACAAGCUCAAAUUAAAUGAUGAUAAGACUGAGCUGCUCCCCAUUGCGACCGCUCAGAAGCAAAAAUCUGCAAAUAACACGACAUCCAUUACUCUCUCAGGUGUGCGUAUUGAGUUAGCUCAAACAGUGCGGUACCUGGGUGUCUACCUAGAUAGAAGACUAACUUUUGAAAGUCAUAUUAACAUGCUAUGCAAGGCGAUUUUUCUGGAGCUGCGCAGGAUUAGUCAAAUCAGGCCCUUCCUAACAAUUGAUACAACAAAGAGGCUGAUGUCUGCAUUUGUGCUAUCACGCAUGGACUAUUGCAAUGCUCUCAUGGUGGGUCUUCAUGGAGCUGCGCAGGAUUAGUCAAAUCAGGCCCUUCCUAACAAUUGAUACAACAAAGAGGCUGAUGUCUGCAUUUGUGCUAUCACGCAUGGACUAUUGCAAUGCUCUCAUGGUGGGUCUUCCAGCUACACUCCUGGAUAAAAUUCAAAUAGCACAGAAUAAUGCGGCUCGCAUUGUUCUCCGCAAACGCAAGUUUGACCAUGCAAAAACACUUCUGAGAGAGUUGCAUUGGCUGCCAGUGCUAUCUUGCAUAGAGUACAAAAUCGCAACUUUGUGCUACCGCUGCUUACAUGACCUGGCGCCGUCCUAUCUGAAAGAGCUGCUGACGCCUUAUGUACCCACUAGAGAGCUCCGCUCAUCCGAUAGUGGCAAACUCUCAACACCAUGUGUUUGCCUUGAGACUUACAGAAAGCGCACUUUCGCAUUUGUUGGUCCAACAAUUUGGAACACCCUUUUUAUCGAUCUCAGAAACAACCAGAAACUGGAGUCCUUUAAAACCGAUUUAAAGACACAUCUAUUUCGCAAACACCUUCUGGGAUGAUUGUCAACCUUAUUUUCCAGUUAAUGCAUAAUGACUGUGUUGCGUAUGGUUGAAAUGGCUAGAAAGACUUUGCCAUUAUAUGCUUGUAAUUAGUUUUUGUAGUGUUGCGUUUGUUUCAAAUGUGGUAAAUUAUAGAUUUGUUUUUUGUUGAAUUUGUGCCCCUCUUCGAGCCUUUGGGAAUGAAGCGUGUUUUUGAAAUAAACUUUAUUAUUAUUUUAUUAUUAUUUACAUAAGUGACAAUGGUUAUUUUUAAUAUUUAUUUUCAAUUGUUAAGUAAUAUCGUAAAAAUUAUAACAAAUUAAUAUUAAUAUUAUGCCAGUUAAAGUUAAAUUAAAAAGUAAUCAAAAUUUCGCUCAAAACAAAAACAAAAGUAGCAAUGCAGAAACUCUGUAAUCUUGAAAGUGUACGUCCAUUUGUCAAAGAUGCUUAGCUCUAGUCUCCAUGUGUUCCUAGAAGUGAAAAUGAUAAUAUGAUGGGCAGUAAUUGGAAGUGGGUCUCUCAGAAGAAGAAGAAAUAAUUCAUAGUUUAUGAUUUUGCUCUUACGUAAGUGAUCAGAAAGCGUGAUCAUGUUUGAAAAAAGUUGGCAGAACAAUUCAGAGAGAGAAAUUGAAUAAGACGGCACCAAAAUACAUUCACACCCUUUGAUCACUUAUGUUUUGUGGAAAAUAAUGCUCCACUGACUACAUUUCCUUCUGUUGAGGGACCCAUUUCCAAAAACAAACGCCCAACAUCUCUUCCAUUUCACUUCUGUAAACAUGUCUGCAGUUGUAGCCAUGCACCAUUGAUAAACGUGUUCAAUAUGUGGGAAUUUCAUCACUGUUACUUUUGGCACAAGCUUAAUUUGGGAAGCUUUUGAAAAGUACUGCAAUAAAUGUUAAAAUUAAUUUAUUUUUUUUUUAAGUCAGUGAAAAAAGAAUGUUAUCUGUCUCACUUGGUCACUAUUUGAUUUCUAAAAUUAAUUCUGUCACUUAAGCCUGGAGUGCAGGCUUAAUCAAACUCUAUUUCAAUAAUUGUUAAUCUCUAUUUGACUACAGGUUUCUAAUGCCCAGAGAAAAGCACCCGUACAUGUUGUUUCUUUCAACUGUGAUUCGUCCAACACAAUCAGUUUUUUAAAAGACUUUGUGAAGAUGGCAAGUGGCAGGUGAGUUUUCUUUUUAAUAAAAAGUUUUCAGGGUAGGUCAUGUGUUUUCAGGGUAGGCCAUCUGUGUUUUCAAAAUUGCCGAGGAAAAUUUAAGUGAAAUUAAACUGAACUAGCUUUAAAGUGGAUAUUCAAAGUGUGAUAACCGGAAGCAGUGAAUUAAGAAGAUGGAAUGACCACUAAAUAUUUCUUUCUUUUAUUGUUUCGUUUGUUACAGAAAUCAUAAUUUUUUUUUAAAUGUUAAUUUUUAUCACAAAGAUAAUUACAUUCAAAACAAGUAAUUAAUUUUUAAUUUUAUUCUCGAGGUUUCAUGCCUACGGCCUUAUAAUGGAGUUAGAUGUUUAUGAAACACAACCCAUGGAAGGUCAAACAAAUAGGGCAAACACAAUUCUUAGAAGAAAAACCAUUGGUGGCAUCCCACCAGGAGCCGGGGUCAGGGAAGAUGUUAUAUUUAUAUUUGAGGAGUUAGAGGAGGCCCGAAGCAAUCUGACCCAAAUUCGAAUGCUCAUUGACAAAGUUCCAGAGCCUGGUAGAAGUUCUGCAGGUAAUAUAUUUCAAUCUUUUUAUUUCUGUGAGUUAACCAAUUAAGGCAGACUAACUUUUGGCUUUUAUUUUGUCAAAACAUGUUCAAUCUGACCUGCAUUGGUAUCAAUGGUUCACUUAAUGCUUCUUUUCCCCCAUUAUUUUUAAUUUCAUAUUAAGUUCUAAGUUUCUUUUCAAAAUUUUAAAUUUACAUUAUCCUGUAAGUGUGAAGGUUGCUUGCUACUUCUUAAAUCAUGGGUUUACAAACCCGCGGACUGCAUACAGCCUUUCACGUCAAAUAUUGCAGCUGGCUGAUGCCUAAUUUAUCACAAUAAAUAAACUUAUUUGUUCUUCAUUCAAAUGACAAAGAAAAGUGAGACAAAUGAUAAAAUGAUGUCACAAUAGUUUAGUUUUAUUUUGUUUUGUUAUUUUAGUAUUUCAUUAUGUGGGUUUAGGAUAGAUUAUUUCAUUAUGUGGGUUUAGGAUAGAUUAUUUCAUUAUGUGGGUUUAGGAUGAAAGUUUAUAUACAGCAAUUUGGGGGUGUUUAUUUUAAUGAUAAGGUUUGAUGACGUGCAGCCUGAAAACAGUUUACUUGCUAUCAAAGUUCCCAGCAAAGCCUCUUGGGUUGGCCACCCUUGUUUCAAAGGGUCACCUGGCGUUAUGUGGGGGACCUAUUAUCUUAACAAUAAUUCUGAACUGAUCAUUCCCAUUAGUGAGAUUAAAGCUCCAGACUCACAUGUCAUGCAUACAAUUUUUAGAGUAGUUCAAUGAUGAAGAAGUUGUAAGAGCAUUAAUUAUUUUCACCUUAAAAGAAAAAAAAUCAUAUUCAUCUAGUCACUCUAGUAAUUUACCUUGCUUGAAUCUGAAGCCUUUGAUUUGAAAUUAUUUUUAUCAUCAACUUUGUUUUGUGUGAAUUGAAUUCACUUUGAAAUGAUGUCCUUAAACAUAAUAUCAAUUUAGAUGAACCACCUAAAACCAAGAGAUCAUUGUCGUCAAAAGAUGAGCAGUAUAUGAGCUCUAAGGAAUGGCUGGACGUCUAUGGCCUGGAAGUACGAAAGCUUGGACUGUAUGACAUCCUGUCAACUGUUGCCUUCAAACACCAAGAUGGCAUCAUGGACAGCAUGCACCCACCAAACACAGAGACCCAAACUGAUGCUGUGAGGAAUGUUUCUUCUUCUUUUCUGCUUCAGUCUUACAUCCACAUCAAUAAAAAAAACACACAAAAAAACACAGCAUUCCAAUAUUAAAUCUUACCAUAUAUUACCACAUAUAACAAGAUCCAAGUAUAAUGCAAACCCUUAAAGCUAUGAGUUCUAAAAUUCCAUGUCCUCAUUGUACUGUGGUCAUCGCCAUACAUCUUCGUUAAUAUCCCUUCAAGGAGAACUACGGUACUGGUUCUAUGCACAUAUACCAUGCACGCUUCGUCACAAAAUGUGGGUGGGCUGAGAAGAUUUGGUUGUAUAGGCAUUAGUUUAUAUUGUUUAUCAGUAAUGAAAAAUAAUGUUAACCCUUAUUUUAGGUACCAUUUUUCACCGUAAAUUCCUUGCAUUAUACGCAGUAAUUUACAGUAAUCUGGGAAUCUUGCCUUUUUGAAAUUAUUAAAUAUACUCAUGAUAUUCAACAAAACAUAAUUUAAAAAAAAGGAAUAUUUCACAACUAACUUAUCCAGGUUAUAAGCCAGAAGCUGGUCAAUGCCCGUUACUGUGAAAAAUUUCCUGUUGUGAAAUGGAGAGACGGGCAGACUGUUCAUGUCCAAGUUACCCCAGAUGUUCACAGGAGCUAUGAGGAGAAAGUUCAGGUGGCACUGAACAAAAUACAGCAGAGGUUUGAAUUUUUUUAUGUACUUCUAACAAAGUGCUUCUAAGAAAUCAAAUUAGUUUGAACUGUACUUAAAUAUGAGAAAUUUAGUACUUAAAUAUGAGAAAUUUAGGUAUAUUCUAACAUGUAUAAUGCAUUCAAAAAAUUUGUAAAGUUUAAAACUCUUUUUCAACUAACUUCUGCACUUGUCUUGCAGGAUUGAUUGGCUAAAUAAAGGAAGUCGAUCUCUCUUUGGUACCCUUGUGGAAGACCAAAUAUACAUUCUUAUUGAUACAUCAGACUCAAUGAGACCAAGCUUGGGAUUUGUCAAACAAAAAAUAUUGGUGUUAAUGCAGGCAAGUUAGACAUUAAAUAAUUUGGUCUCGGCAAAAGUUGGUAUUAAGCUUCUAUAAAUAUGUGUUGACAUCUUGAGCUUUCAUCAUGAGGACACAAAAUAUGUAACAUACUUGUUCCUUAUUUCAUCAUUUAUAUUUUUCAAAAUAGUGUACCAUCAUGAAUAAGUGAACUGUAAAAAAAAAAAUGUGUAAUAGUGAAUUCUGGUUUAGUAGUGAUCAUGUAGUAUAAACAAUAUACAUGUGUCUCAAAGCCAGCUCCAAGAAAGGCUUACACCUAACCUAACAUAUCAGUGAAGAGACAGAAUCUCCAGUGUAGAUAUUCACAUAUUUGGACAGCACCCUCUCCCAGUGAGUAAUAUUAGAAGAAGGGAUCAACAACCGAAUUUCCGAAGCAAAUGUUCCAUUUGGAAGGUUCCGCAAGAGUGUCUGGAAGGGAAAGGGUGUUAGUCUUGUCACUUAGCUGAAAGCAUAUAGGGCAAUCAUAUUAACAUCUCUCCUCUACGCUAAUGAGACGUAAACAGUGUACAGCAGACAUGCUAGACAGCUAAACCAUCUCCGCCAUCUAUGCAAACUUCUUGGCAUAAGGUGGCAGGACACAGUCCCUGAAAUAGAAGUCCUACAACAGGCUGACUUAUUCAGAAUUCACACAAUCCUACAAAAAGGAUAAGUCAGAUGGGCAGGGCACGUUGCAAGAAUGCCCGACAGCAGAGUUCCUAAAAAACUAAUGUUCAAUUAACACUCCAGAGAGAAACGUUCAGUGGGUGGGUAGAAAAAAUUCUUUUAGGACUGUUCAUGGACAUUGACCUGAAUUUUAGGAAAUGCUUGGUAUGGAUUGUACAAGCUGGUGAGCCAGGCUCACUGCUGGAGCACAAUCCUCAGAAAGUAAAUGCAUCCCUCAUGCCCAAAGAAGGAAAAGCACAGCACAGCAAGAAAAAGCAGAAUCUACUCCAAUCCAAUUAGGACCCUAUUAUAUGUGUUUCUUAUGUGUGGGAAAGCUUUCCAGGCACAAAUAGCUACCUGCAUACAUACUGUUGAUUAUAGCAUUGAUCAUUUUUGCAUGCAAAGGAGGAACAACAACAUCUAAAAGUUACAUAACUGUUAGCUGUCUCCAAAAUGGCAAAAACACAAAACAUCAAAGGAUGACUCUUUCAAAAGAUGAAAAAUCAAUGUUUUUGAUACUUUGUAAUCAAUGUUUAUAAUUUAUUCAUAUUCUUUUGUGUAAGUUUGUUGUUUCAUUAUGUUUCAUUUGACUUUGUUUAGGAACAGUUGCGCCACAAGAAGAAGUUCAAUUUUGUUGCCUUCAACUCAAAAGCAGCAGUUUGGAAAGAUAGACUGGUGGAGGUCUCUGAAAGCUCCUUGCGGAGUGCAUGGUCCUGGAUUGAGAACCUGUCCUGCUGGGGUUCGACCAAUACAUACGCCGCCAUCCAGAUUGCUAUGGCAGACCCAAAUACGCAGGCCAUAUAUCUUUUGACAGAUGGUCGACCUGAUCAAGUAAGAAAACUUUUAUGUUUCUUAAAAGGAAUUUUCAGCUAUUUCCUCAUCACAACUGUGAUACCUCAGAUGAGUGAAAAAGUUAAUGAAUUGGCACAAAUGACUUCUCAGGGGUAAUUUUUUCUAGCUUGAUGAGUUUUAAAUGGCCCAUCAUGAUGGGCUAAAAUUCAAUUACUUUCUUCAUUAUUUAUUGUUAAUGUAAUGUGUCUUCUUAUUUGUUACAGACUCUCAGCUACAGAAUUUAUUUUACUUGGCUUGUUCAUUAUUUUCAUAGUUCAGCAAGUUAACCAUUUCUACACUUCAUAUUAAGCAUAUUUUAUGAAAUAUAGUGCAACUUGAAAUGAGUUAGAAAAUUGUGUGCGCUGAUUCCUAACUUUUCUCUUGACAGCCACCAAAGUCAAUACUGGCCCAAGUUCAGAUGCAGAAGAGUAUUCCAAUACACUGCAUAUCUUUCAACUGUGAUGAUGUGGAGGCAAACCAAUUCCUUUACAGCUUAUCAGAGGCCACCGGUGGACGAUAUCAUUACUUUUCUGAGACUGGACCACCUGUGGAGCAUCCAAAAUCUUGGCAGGUAAGUUGACUGGUAGCGCUCCUUCAUUGACUUAUUUUUAAAGCUAAACUAAAUUCAAUCAAAUCUUUUUAGCCUUUAUUCCAAAAUUUGAGUGUCUUUCUUUAUCCAUAUGUCCAUAACUUUUAUUUAUCCCUGAAAUAUCAAUAUCCCCAAAAAAUAAAAUUAACCCUAUCUGUUUCACAUUUUAUCCAAGUCUAAAUCAAUUUGAAAUUAAAAGUCGUAUUUCAGCCUUGCUACAUGACUGAUUUCUAACCAGUUAAUUAUCAUUUGAUUUAAGAAAGCUGUCAAUAUUUCAGAGUUGCAUGUUAUGGAGCUAAAUUCAAUUUUUUAAAAUUAUUCAGAGCAUGGAUGUUCAGCUGCUAAAAGAUGAAAUCAAACGAGGUUUGGAAAAUCUGGAUCAGCUAACAGAUUUAAGGGAUGAAUGUACCAGAUUGGCCUGGAAGAGGGAGACUGAUUCUCUCAGGCAGAGCAUUAAUUCUUCAAGGUUAUCACUAAGAAGCUUAAUAUUUUUGUUUUUAAUAUAGUUGUGCCAGAUUUUUAUUUACUUAUGAUUUUAAUAUAUGAGACUAAAAUAGAUUAUUAUUGCUUUAAAUGGGGGUAAUUUAAGUUUAAUUAGCCAGUAUAGAAUUUUUUAGUUAUUCCCUACAAAUAUUACAAAAGUUAAUCAGUUAAAAAUUAAUUUAGAGAUUUUAAGAGUAGUAGGAUAUUUUCCUUAUCAAAUUUGAGAACUAAAUAAGCAAUGGCUUGCUAGGCAGUGGGUUGUUUAAAAUUUUUACUCUGUGGUAGCUUAAACUUUUAAUUAAGGGAAAUUAUUCCCAUCUUUAAUUAGCUCCACUGUUCUAAAGAUAGAUGUUUGCAAAUUCUUCAAAUAUUUAAAUUUCUUGGUGUUUUUUUUUUUUACAACCUCUCAUCUUAAUCAAUUUUAUAAAAAAAAAUAUCUGUGUGAUCUGUGUACUAAGACUUCUAAUUAAUUGUAUGCAAUAUCUUGCAAUGCCUAAUCUAUUUCUUUCAAUUUCAGAAAAUCAACUGAGGGUUCCUACAUUUCUGCAGUACCUCCACUGGAUCCCAAAGAUCUGUACAGACCAGAAACACCUUUGAGAUCAUCUCGAAUAAAUCUGACCCACAGACCUUCAAGUGCACCACCCACAAUAUCUACAGGGUUUUCUCUAAGCCAACACUAUACACCCUCCCCACCCAUAAAGCACCCACACUCAGCUCGUGAUGAUAGAGGCUAUGAAAGUGCACGGCUGUCAGUAAGGUCUCCAAGAAAGCUUAAGUCUGGAAAACUCACCUUGUCCAAGAAGCCCCUAUAUGCUGGUAUGCAUUUUUUUAAAUUUUAAAAUUUUAAUUUUUUUUUUGUUUUUAAAUUUUUAAUUGUGAACUAAUUCUUGUGAUCACAUUAAACAUAGAAUCAACAUUCACUUAAUAGAAUGAUAUGAUAAAUUGGCCAAUUACAAUGGACCAAUUUAUCAUUUUAAAACAUUUUUGACAUUAUAAAUUUAUCAACAACAUAUCCCAGAUUUAUCAAUAGAAACUUCUUCUAAAUAGAAUCUUGCACUAAUGAUUGGCAUGAGAGAGAACUUAACUGUCAUGAAGUUCACACUUACAUGGAAAUGAGUGUCAGAGGUGUACACUUUGCAUUUAUAGUUAGCAAAAUCAUUUCAGACUAAACAGGCUUGGAAUUUCUCAGGUUAAGUCUCUAGCACUGAAUAGGUCCGUGCAAGGUACAGCACAAAUUAUGGGUCUCAUAUAUAAAAAAAAACAAACUAUAAGUCAACCUAACAAAUUUUUACAUUAUGAAGAGUUUUUAAAAAAGUAUAACUAAUUUAUGGGACUUAACAUUUUUCUUUUCCUCUUAAUAAUCAAGCUAAAACCGUUGGAAAACUCGGUAUGCCUUUUACUAAUCUCUUGGUUUAUGUAAGCAAAAGAGUUGUUGAGUUUGAUUUCAUUAUCUUUUUUUUUCAUUAAGUCACUAUCAUGUGUGGAGUGGCUUUCAAGAUCUUUUAAUUUUUAGUCUGACUUUUUCUUCAGGAGCAUCAGUAUUUAAGUUCCAGAUUUUUUUAAUAUCUUUUUUUAUUCAAAUCAACAGCUGGGCAGAUAAACUUUUUCUUUUGUUUGGCCCCAUUUAAUGUGAUUAAUUUGUUUUAUUUAAAAACUGUCUGCUUGUCUGGAAAGUGUAACUUUGAGUGUGCUGGAUUUAUUUUUUUUGUUUUACUAAUCAUUUAAAUAUUCUUAUUAAGUGAACCAAUUUAUUUCCUUUAUCCUUGAACAUUCAUGUUUUUAUUUAAAGUUCAAUGCCUUUUUCCUUGAGUAUAACUACGUUCAGAAACAAUUUUCAAACUGACUAUGCCAGUUUGAAAAAUACAAAAUAAUUAUGAGUCUGAUUUUGCUAAACAAGUUGAAUUUAAAAAAAAAAUUUCUUUGAGAAUUUUAGAAAUGAGUAACAAAGAAUUAAAAUUAGGGAAUAUUUAAAUUGGAAAUAAAAUGCAGUCAAGACAGGAUACAUGGAAUGGUGAGAACUUCUCAAUGGAAAAUAAAACACAUAAAAGUUUCAUGUGAUAUGUAUAUAUAAAAAUUACAUGAAAUACAUCAAUACACUUUUUUGACAGCACACACAAGAACCAGUUUACUCCGCACUUUGAGCAGCAGUGGAAGGUUUUCUCCCAGUGAGUGGCUGCUCCCGGAAACUAAGACUUUAUUCCAACAGCAAGCAGAGAGACAACGGCAGAUAGCUCACCGUGAGUUGGUUUACUGUAAAACAAAAGACAACUAAUUUGCCAUGUAACCACUAUAAUAUUCACUUUAAAAAAUUAUUCAAUCAGUAUUUUAAAGGCUUUACCUGUCAAGUAUGGGAGUUCUUUGAUAAUUGUUGCAACUGAAUAAUUAUGUUCAUUACGCGCGGUGUGUGUUUGAGAGUUUUAUAAGUUAGUGAGCACUUUUUCUGCAUUGACUUACUGACAUAUUUUUAUGCUGAUUGUGACAUAUUGUCUAGACUGUAUUGUGAUGUAAGCUUUAUUUGUCUGGCAGUCUUGAAAGGAACUUUAUAGAAGUAGGAUGUGUUUUAUUUAUGUCCGAUAGCGAGCUGGGCUAUAUGCAUGUGUUAAUAAUUAGAUAUUAAAGUUAUAAUUAUUAUGAAAAGGAUUUGAGUUUAUUCAGUGAUAGUAAGAUUAGUGUGACGUAUUUCAACGUGUGAAAGAACUUGACGAAUUAACCAAUCCAGUAGAACAGAGGAGAUGACAUUACCCUUACAAGGAUUAAAACUUGAAAAAUCUGCCAAUUAAAUCUUAGCUGCACUUGUCAUAUCAACAAUUCAUUGCUGAUCAAUCAUGUUUGCUACAUUUGUCAUUUCACCAAUUCAUUGAUUAUUUCCUUGUAGAAAAUGAAGUUAUUGAAGAGCAGAGAAAAAAGAAAGUUAAAGUCCUUGCCAAGUGAGUGACUGUAGAAAUUUAAGACCUCAAAAACUUGAGGAAAUAAAUCAUUACCAUUUGGGAAUUUUUUUAUGCUAAAACAUUUGUAUUUAAAAGUAUUCAUUUAACUCUUAUAAUUAAUGUUAUGCCACAAGAAUUAGAGAUUAGAGAUAGAUUGUUUGGUCAAAAUUAUUAUUUGCCAUCAAUUUCAUCGUUAUCAUACAACUAGACUAUUACCAAUUAAAAUAUUCCUGAAUCAGUUUAAAGUGAAGAGAGCUUGGAGGUGACUGUUUUCAAUGUACAUAAAUCAAUGUCAAUCAAUGGCAAUCAAUGGCAAUCAAUGGCAAUCAAUGGCAAUCAAUGGCAAUCAAUGGCAAUCAAUGGCAAUCAAUGGCAAUCAAUGGCAAUCAAUGGCAAUCAAUGGCAAUCAAUGUCAAUUAUGGCAAUCAAUGGCAAUCAAUGGCAAUCAAUGUCAAUCAAUGUCAAUUAAUGCAAUCAAUGGCAAUCAAUGGCAAUCAAUGUUAAUCAAUGUCAAUCCUUUUUAAUCAAAGAGAAUACAAUUUAUACUCUCUUCUAAACUGGUGUCAACACUUUGUAUUUUUAUGAAGUUUAAAUCAACUGUUGAUGUCUUAAUUUCUCAGAGCAAAUGAGAAGUCCUCUAAACAGUGGCUGAGCAAGCAUGGAUUAAUAGCAAAGAAACUAACCAUUCUUGAUGCCUUGGGUCCUACGUUUGUGCCCCUCAAUCCAAAAUAUGUAACAAUAUUAGACAAAUAUGUGAUGUCAAAAGUCUUUAACGAGGUGAGUCUUGGCUAUGUAUAUAUUUUUUUUUCAAUGUUUUUAUUUCAAACAAGUAACAUAAACAUAUAUAUACAUAAAUACAAGUUCUCAAUCAGGUGUUGACUUUCUGCUUGCGUCCGGAACACGGUUCAUAAACACACACACACUCUCUGUCCAGUCUCUCUGCGCAUGUGCGCUGUUUGCUUGAAUGGCUAUCGGUAUGGGCCAGUCCGCUAGUCCACCAUAACAGACAUGUUAAAAAAUUAUAAUUUUUCUAUCUUCUCUCAAAAUGUACAUUAAAUUUUUUAAUUUCAAUUCCUAUGCUGCGAAUAUGACAGGUCAUGUAUGCAAUGCUUCUGACUGCACAAAAUACUGACAAAAUUUCUAAGUGAGAUUUUUUGAUUAAUUGAUACUAAAUAAUAAUAAUUGUGUCUAGUACUUGAAAGACUAAGUGAUUCAGAAAACCAUCAAGUUUCCAAAUGCCUCUUGUAACAGUAUGAGUGACUAUUUGGCUGACAAUUAUUGUUUUCAUGUGUAUUGACUGAACUUUGUAACCUGAUUGUUCUUUGAUGUUAUAUGACUGGUGAGUUGUUUUCAUGAAUGUUUAAACUUGAAUGUGUGAAUAUUGGUUGAGAACUGGAGUGAGUGGUCAUGUGAUGUUGGGUAUAAAAAGAAUGUAGAAUUGAGAGUAAAGUUAGUUGUUACACAGACCAAAGCCUUGAGUUGAUAUCAUAUUAUUCUAUUACACCUCUCCCCCAACACUUAAUGAUUAAUUUUAAUUAAAAUCUCUCAUUUAGAUUUUGCCCCUGGCUCAUGUGUCGAGAAAUCAUCAGAUAAGACUGAUUAACCCAGCUGGUGUUAACCUUGAUGAGUAUGAAAAGAAAGUACAAGUAGCAGUUGGAAAGUACAGAAAGUAAGACUUAAUCUUGUAACUGUUAUGCUUCAUAGAAUCAAGUCAUUGGGCAUGAUGAAUUCAUCAUUUUAACUUGAUUAUCAGUUACAUUUUUAAAUGCCAAAGUUUUGUAAGUAUGAACUUAAUCAAUUUAUUUAGAUGAAAAGGAGAAAUUAAUCUCUACUGCUGCACUGUAUUAAAUGCACUCUAUUUAAAUUACAGUGCCAUCUACUUUAUGUGCUUCAGAUUAGCAACAGCAAUGCACAUAUUUACACCAAAAAUGUUUAUAUCUUUCAGGCGACUAAACAAAAUUGUAUGGAGUGCUCUUCCUAAUUCAGCCAAAGAAGAGUAAGUAGUAGACCCAAUUUAUUAUCAACUAAUGUCCUGAUUUUAUGUUCUCAAAUGUCUAUAAAAGUAUAGAAUUCUGCUAUUGACAACAGCUGGUACUAAAAAUUCACAUUUAGCAAGUGAUCUUGUUAUUUAUGUAACAGACAGACCCCUGUAAAACUGUGGUCACCAAAGGAUUCGGUUUUUAAAUUAUUGCCCUUUUACUAACUCAAAUUUGUAGACUUGAGAUUCGAAGAGUAAAAAGAAUGCAAAUAAAAGUACACUGUUUGUUAUUGAUUUCUCCCCCCCCCCCCCCAUAGGUUCAAUAACUCUGACCAGCCAGUUUCAUUUGAAGAAAACAAGGAAAAGCUCCUUAAAUAUCUUGAGGAAGAUGACUACUGGCCAAUCAGAGAAAAAGAUGUCAACCUUUUACUUAAAGAAAUUGCUUAUGGUGAGAAAUACAUGGCUCAGUCCGUUGCCAUACGUAAGGCAGCCGCAGGUGAAGACGAGGAAGAUGACAAAGAUUCAUUUGACUUGGUCCCAAAGAGGUCAAGGUCUCCAGACACUUCCAACCAUGCUGUUUCUAGCCCACGUGAGAAAUCAGAUCACAGCUCAAGAAGUUCAAAAAAUAAAGAGGUUAGUUCUUACUGAGACAAGUUUUGUCACAAUUUAUCUGUCAGAGUUGUCAACACAAAUGUUUGAGUGUAAUCUAUAUCUUGAAUUGCAUUCCUCAUAAUUUAUCAGGCGGCCUACUGUAUAAUCUUUUGUUGCUUUGUUACUGUGUUUCUUUGCAAACAUGCAAUGCCUUAUUUUUAGUGUUAGGCUCAAGUAUUGUUCUAUUUUCAGGAUUAUUUUAUAAUUAAAGGCAAAAAGAUUUUUAAAAAUAAUUUCUUUUCUUGCAAUUUAUUAAGAACAUUUUACACAAUUGACAUUUACUUCAAUUGCAAAAAAAUUUUUUUUGUAAAAUCUGAUGUAUUAUAUUAUAUUUUGUCAAAUCGUAAGAUUUUUUAAAGAAGGUUUAAAUUUACAUUUUUAAAAGUAAUUACUUUGAUGAAUUUGCUUUAUUAUAUUGGGGAUGUUUUGUUACUAACUGAAUUUAAAUUCUAUAAUCUUAUUCUUUUUUAAAACUAUAUACACCAAAGUUAGCUGAAAACCAAACUUUUGGCUAUGUUAAUUAUAAAGAAAUAAUCACAAGCACUUAUCCCAAAAGAUUUCUCUUAAUAUUGCCUACAAUUUGUGCUAAAUUUAGAAACCCAUUGAGAAAUACAGUACACAAAUAGUUGAUAUUUUAAAAUAAUUAUUUUGAUAAAAUUUCAACUUUGCUAUUUCUUGGUAUUUCUAGUAAUUAAAAAAAGCAACAGGCACUGUGAGAAUGUCUGUAGGAUAACACUUUAGUGAAAGCUAAAUGAAGUAAUGACUAUUUUUUAACAUGCAUAACAGAUAUUUAAAAUAUUCAAAAUAUGGACCAUGUUAUCAAAAAUACUAUUGUAGCAAUAGUAAUACUACAACUAAAAAAGAACAGAACGCAAGGUUCCAUCACCAAGAAAUAAAAUAAUACAGACAAAUAACAAUCUUUCAUAAAAAUGCAGUUAAAUGAGAUGAUGUUGAUUUUGAUCCCUUGAAGAUUUAAUGUUUAAAACCUGCUAAUUAAUUUAUUUUAUCUACAAAUUCUUUUUGGUAUACUCUUAUUUUGCUUUAUUUAUUCAAAUUAUUGUAUUUCACAUUUUUAUUGUUUAGUUAAAUUAUUAAAUUGUUCAAUCUAAAUUAUUUAUUAUGAUGAAGGUUUCAUGUCAAACUUUUUAUUUAUCCUUUUUUUACAUGCCUAAAAUCCUUUCACGCUUAUAAGUCUUAAUCAUUAUGUAAUAACUUUAUUAAUGUGUGCACCCUUUAUGUUCAUUUCUGGCAUAGCAACACCUUGAAAAAUAACGUCCAUCUUUUAAAUUCUUUCAAACUGUUAGGCUCUUUACUACUUCUUUUAUAAAAGGCUUUAUCAAAUUUGCUGUUUUUAUUCACAAGUUAUCGCAAAUUUUCAUUAUAAUAUUUACCAAACAAUGGCCUUUGGGACCACUCCCUCCGCCCCUUUUUGUACACAAUCCUAAAAUAUGUUGAAAAAAUUCAAAUUUUAAAAUUUGCGUCUUCUUUUCAAAUGUGAUGUAGAAAUAGUUGUGUUUUCCUCUAUAAGACACCUUGAUCAACUUAGAGUGCCAGAUUUAAUGAUUGUUGGCUUAAAAUGUCUUAAAUUCUUAAAUUUGUAUGUAUGUCAUCAAUUAAAGUAAAUAACUUGUUGAUAUUUAUAAAGAGGCUUAUUUUUUUUAAACCCAAUAUUAACAUAUUAACAUCAACAUUAUUGAUUUCAAAUAACAUAAUUUUAAUAGGCAGGCCUAUACAUUCUAAUGUCAUAUUAAGCCAGAUUUUUUUUAUACAUCACAGUAUUAUUUUGUAGAAUUGUUAUUCCUUUUUUAUCAUCUGCAUCGUCUUGACUUUAACAUCAUCUGUGUCUUCUUACCUUCAAUAUCUUCUGUAUCUCCUUGCCUUUGAUAUCAUUUGUAUCUUUUAGUCUUCAAUAUUUUCUGUAUCUUCUUGCCUUUAAUAUCAUCUGUAUCUUCUUGUGAACAUGUUAAUUGUUUUGUUGCUUUCUCUUUUUCAUAUUUUCCCAAACUUUGUUAUGCUUACUUCCUAAUAUCAUCUGUAAAGUUAUUAUUUUAGAAUUUAUUUUUAAUUUUGUUAUCUUUCCUCAUGUUGAAAAAGAAAAUAUUUAUACUUUAUUUAAUUAGGCCCAAUAACAGAAUAACAAACAUGCAAUAGAUUUUUAAAAAAAGCUGUAUCUGUUUCUGAGCCUACUGUUCAUAUGUUAAUGACAUGCUGAAGGGGAGGAAGUUUGGUGUAUCUAUGGAAGAUAUGAUUAUAUAGUGAGGAAACUUCACCGCAUACAUAUAAAAUAGUCGUUUGUUUUAAAGUAAAUUUUAAAAUGUUUUCUCUAAAAUAAUUUUUCCUUGAAGAUGAAAGUUUUAUUCCUGUAGAGUGCAGUAUGUUUUAUUUAUCAUUAAGUCUUUCAUAUAAAUUAUAUUUUAAAAGCACAAUGGCUGUGAUAAAAAUUAUUUUAAUGAUUUUUAAAAAAAUACUGUCUGAUCGGUAAACAGAAAUAAUGUCAUGUUUUUGCUACAAUCCCUUUAUAUUUUUUUCUUUAUAAAAUUAGUAAAAAAAUACGACCUCAUACUUAAUUGCUAGAGCAAGAUCUGUAAACUUUUUUUUUAAAAGCCAGAGUUGUGGCAAAAAUGAAAAUAAAAACAUCAUACUCUAAAUAUAAAACAUAAAAUGCUAGUAUUAAAGAAAAUUAAAUUUAAAACUUUUCUUUUUACAAUAAUUUAACAAAACUUGUAAAUGAAAUUUGCCUUCCAUUUCAUUAACAAAGUACACAAAUUAUGGUUCAAUUCUUGUACCAUUGUCAAGACACACCUCAGCUCUGCCUAUAUAUUCAUAACAACAAUAAGGCAUCUGUAUUUUUGAAUGAUGAAUCGCAUUGUAGACAAUGCUGAUUCACAUAGAGCCAAAUUGAUCUAAACAUUAAAAAUAAGUUUGAUAUGCCUAGAAUAGAUUUGAUGUUUUCAAAUUUCUGUCAGACCACAUUUUUAACUUCUAUCAGCCAUAAGCAGUAUCUCUUCAACAGUUUUUCUGUCAAAAAAAAAAAUUCAACAAAAAUGUAGGCAGGAAAUUUCACUAUAAAGUAAAAGCCAAAAAAAUAAAAGUUUUUAAUAUACAAUGACAUUAUAACAGUAUGCACAUAAUAAUAUAUCCAAAUGAUCACGUGCCUAUUGGCUGCUAAAUGUUAAAUAUGAUAAAAUGUUCAUAUAUUUAAUAUUAUGAGCAUGGUGUUUAAUGGUAAUUAAAAUAUUUAUUUUUUAUAAAUUUAAAUUGGAUAAAAGCCGAAUUCAUCACACUAUUUGCCACAUUUGUUGGUUGGCGAGAGGUUUUCCCACCCCGGUGCUAGAAGAACAUUUAAUAAUACCAAGUACAUGUACUUCUUUAGAUUUUUUAAGUGCCUUUAUAUUUUAUAACACUAUCCUUUGCUAUUAGUUUUACUAACAAUAUAUUUUUUUAGUUCAUAUGAAGGAAAAUAUGCAUCUCAUAUUAAUUAUCUCUUUUUUUAUUAUGUUGCAUUAGAAGCCAGUUUUUAUUGCAAAUUGCUUUUAAGUGAGCCAGAUUUUUAAGAUUAUAAAUAUCCUAAUCUCUAUGGUAUAUUAUAAAUUUACUAUUUUGACACUGGUCGAUACAUAAAAGAUGUUUUUUAAAUAAACAGUAAUUUUUAACUUUCAAAUUUUGUUCUUUUUUUAUUUACAAUUUUGUGUUUUCCAGAAGGUAUAAUUCUGUUCAAACAAAAAUUAAAUAAACAUCAAACAAGAGUAGGCCUUCCCCGUUCCUUUACAUAAUUUUCCUUCAUAUUUGCUCAUUAAAAUUUGUAAUUCUGUUUGUGUGUUUCCUUAAAAAAUGUGUAUUAACAUAGAGUGCAACAUGUACAAAAGAACAGCAAAAUGUUAUACUAACAAUAAUCUGAAUAAACAAGCGAAUCCAGGAGGUAUUCUAUCAAGGAAUUGGUUGUAAAUUAUCAAACUUUGAUUUAUAAAAAGAGCUAAAGAGGUGUGUUAAAAACUACAGAUUCAGGCAACAUAAUGGGAGCUGUAAGACUUACAAUGUAAGUCUGGUAAAUACUUGUCAUAAUUUAUGUCUUUGCACUUUUAUAAAAAAGUAACAAGUCUUUGUUUUUUGCAUACAGUACCUAUAUCGUCUGUAGCAACUUACAAAUCACCUCCAACAUCAUUCACAUUUUAUUACUUUGGGGUUUUUCCUGCCUCAAACUAACUGACCGAGAGAUUACAAAUAUCUUAAACAAACUGACCAACAGUCACAAACACUUUCAACACCAUCCAUUCUUACAAUUUUGCUUUGAUCAUUACUUCUGGUUUUGUUUGAUGAUUUGAUGUACAAUGUAAAACUUAGGGCUCUGAUUAUAGUAAAUGACUAGGAUGUCAGAAUCUGCCACCACCAAAAGCUGAUAUCAUGUGAAUUUUAUUGUAUCUUUUUAUUUCCAUUAUUGCUGGCAAUAUGGUUGCUAGGAUAUAUGGUUGCUAGGAUUGCCUUUCUACAUAUUCUCCCCCACCUGGCUUCCUGUGUUUACUGGCAUUGAGACUUUAAGAUAUAACUUGACAAAAGCCAGGCUUGUUGUAGAUCUAAUAUGCAUUGUUUUUAGCCCCCUCAGCCAUAAUUUAAUUUUAAAUGGAUUAAACUUUAAAGGGAUUUAAAAUGUUUCUAUCGGAAGUCACUGAGAACAAUUUUAAUUGUUUUAUCAAUAAUAAAAAAUGCCUUUAUUUUGAUCGAGGUGGUAGAAAGUAGGCCUACUCUACCACUUUUAUUUUACAGAAACUUCAAAUGAAUGCUUUAGGUCUACUUAUUGUUACAAAUUUAAAUCUUAAAUCAUCUGAAAUUUUUCUAAAAUGUUUUGGACAGCAUAUUUGCAGCAACCUUGAUAAUAUCAGGCCAGAAUAUAUAUAUAAAAAAACAAAAGCUACCUAAUAUCUAAAGGUAGAACCUUUGGUGUCUGUCAUCAGGCCACAAUCAUUCUCUCAUGAUUAACAAACACACAAAUAAUGUAAAUCAAAAUGGAGGACAUAAGAUUAGUGGUAGGAACAUCUAUAAAAAACUUUUAGUGUGUUAAUCUUGUGGUGAGCACCCUACAAUACAUUUGUUGGAUGCCCUUAUUAAUGGAGAGAACAGAGAAGAAGUCAAAGGAUGAGGGUAUAAUAACAACACAAAAAUUAUGCAUUAUAUUCAUGUAAGUCUUUAAUCUGUUGUAAGUUCAAUGUGCUUUGUAUUUGUAUCAAACCUAAUUUUUAAUUUUAAAUAAAACAAUGUUAAUUAUACUAUUUGGCUUUUAUUUACAAAAAUUUUAGCAAUCUUAAUACCACAAAUAUCAAUUAAAAAUAUGAAAAAAUAUGGCCUCUUAAUUGUAUUUCCUUUUCCUCUUAAUUGAGGAUUGGUAAAUUAUAUCAACCAGUGAAAGAAAACAAUAGAACUGAAACAUUUAAUCUUUGUAUAUUUUGUUUAAAAAAUAAAACAUGACACAGAUUAAAUCAAGAAAGAAAAUGGUAGCAAAAUCUUUAAUAGAAAGCAUUUGAAAUAGUUUUAACUUUAAAAAGAUUUUAACAUGACACCAUCUCAAAAGCUUAGUAUUAAAAAGCUUUGUCCAUUGUUAACGUUAUUUCUCUAUUAUUGGCCAUAAUUAAUGUACAUUUUUCCAUGGGCUCUAUUUAAAAUGUUAAAAAUAAAAGUUGUGAUCAUUUGAAAGAAGGUCUAAGUAUGAUUUGUUUAAACACAUGCAAAGUCAAUUCAAUUCUUGUUGAUCUUAGAAGGACCUGGAUUCAACAUCUCAUUCAGUAGAAGACAUUCAACAAGCGAAUGAAAAUACGGAAUCCAGGAGGAAAAAAAUCACAAUGACUCUGACUCCUUUCAAAGGUCAAAGGGUGAUUGCAAGACAAGACAAGGAUGGGCUCUACUACCCAGGUAAUACAGUGUUGAUUCAAUUUUGUUAUCAAACAUUAUUUCUGGCUUGCCUAAAAGCUGGACAUCAGUCAGUUAUUACACCUGGAAGUACGCAAUGUCCAUUUUAUCAGGCGCCUUUAAGAUGAGCAUGGAUUGUAUACAAAAAGUUCAUAUUUAUUUAAAUUCAUUUUAGCAUAUUAUAUGUAGAGGCAAAACAAAAUUUUUAAUAAUUAAAAUCCAAAUUAAUACCAAUUUUUCCCCUGCUCAGCUGUGGUGAAAAAAGCACCUGACUUGCGCCAUGCAGUUGUUGAGUAUGAAGAUAAAGUGACUGCCACUGUUUUCACCCGUUACGUUAUACCAGUGGGUGGAGCUGUAGCCAGGGCUGCUCUUUAUGUAAGUCAGCAUCCUUGCUUUGUAAAUACUUCAUUAUUAUACUUAAUAAUCUAUCCAAAAAUGCUGUAUGCUGAUUUCAAGCAUUUUUAGUAUUGAACAGCUGUUAUGCUUUUUCAGAAUGUUGGUUAUUCCUUUUCUUGGCUGUAGCAGUGAAGAAAAUAUGAUGUAGCAAUGAAGAAAAUAUGAUGUAGCAAUGAAGAAAAUAUGAUGCAGCAAUGAAGAAAAUAAACUAGAUAUGAAGAAAAAAUUGCCUUUUUUAUUUUCAUAAUUUUAAUUAUUUAUUUUUCCUACCUAUUUAAAAAUAUAUAUACUUAUUUAAUUUUAACCAUUUGCUCAUUAUUUUUUUUGUCUGUUGAUAAAUAUGUAUAAGUGACAAUUUUUCAAACUGAAAUAAGAUUUUUUAAUACAAGAUAAACGCCCCAAGAGAACUAACCUUUUCUCAUCUGAAAGAUUGUUUGCACUUUUUAUCCUUUUGUUGAUUUUUAAAAAAAAUUCCUUAGGGAGGAGAUUAUGUCCUCAUCAGAGUGGUGAAUCUAGAAAAUGAGAGUGAAUGUUAUGUGCCUGCCAAGAUUUUAAAGUCUGAUCAUACAUGCCUUGCCUGCAAAUGUUAUACUGUUGUCAUGUAUAAUGGACAAAUCGUAAGUUUAAUAUUAAACAUUUCUUUCUUAGACACCAAUUAAGGUUCUCAUUCGUUUUAUACUAAGAGAACUCACCUUAUCGGUUACUUAAUAUAUGUAUAUUUUAUUAGUAUAUCACUUAUUUAAACCAUGUUGCUGAAAGCAUUAUCCUAAAAUCUAUUACUUACUAAAACUUCACUUUAGUUUAAUAAAUAUUCAAAAAAUAUUUUUUGAGCUAUUCAAUAUAUUUUUAAAAAUUCUUUUGUGUUGUUUUUACAACAAUGGCUGCUUUUUGUGUUUAUUUUUUUCCAAGAGCACUUUCCUUCUUUAAAUAAAAAUAAAUUUAGUAGAUUUUCUUUUUUAAAUUAAUUAUUUUUAAUGUAUCUGUCCAUUUAAAUUGAAGGAAGUAAGAUUUCGGUGGUUUCUUUUUUUAACCAAGCUGUGUGUAAAUUAUGAAAUAAGAAUACAAAUAUAAUUCUACUUAACUGAGAUUAUUUUUUCUAAACUUUGUUAUGACGUUUGCUAACUCAGAUAAUCUAUAACUUUACAGGCCUCAACCUCAAGAAAACAUCUUGUUAAAAUUAGCAAGGAGAGAUUUGAUUUGGCUUUCAAUUUCCUGACCCGGCAAGAAGGGGAGAAUAAAGAAGAGUAAAUUUCUGUUAUUUUCUUUUUUCCCUGUUAGCUUUUUUUGAAAGCAAAUACUUGAAGAUCGGAUAUGCAUUUUUUAAUGCUUCCAAACAGCAAACCAUUGAUAAUUAAAAUAUAAAUCGAAAUUCCUUUUAGGUACAAAAAAUGUUAAAGUAAAUUCAAUGUCUUUAUCGCUAUCCUGGUAAAAAUCUGCAUCAAUAGCUUUAUCUAAUAUUCCCAAUCAAAUAUCAUGAAAAUUUUAAUUAACAUUUUUCUAAAAUCUUUUGUUUUUUUAACACUUUAAAUGUUAGAUACUUGAAGUAUCCCAUUUUUAAAUAUUUAAAAAAAAACUAUAUCAUUUGUGUUUGUAUUUCUUUAAUUCAUUUUAUUUAAAAGCCAGAGUUCAGACUGCAACUGAUAUUUAAUUCCCUACUAUUUAAUUAAUCUUUCAAUUAUCAAUCUUACAAUUUUCUCAUCAGCUUAAUGAUGUAAUGACUUAUUGUUCUAAAAAUCAUUUCAGUAAUCAUGUUACAGUUUUUGUUAUGUUUUUUCAUCAGGGCCGAGGAAAUCAUUUAUAUAAAGAAACAAUGGAAAAAUAAAGAGAAAAAGCCAGAAAAGUAAGAUAACCAUCAAAGAAAAAUAAUAAUCAGUACUUAUUUAUAAUUUGAAAGCAAAAGCAUUUCAAUUUUUAAGUUAUGAUCAUCAGCUAUCAUAGAAAAAUAAGUUGUUUCUAUUAAUAGUGGUUAUACACAAAGCCAAUGAGUGAUGUUAAAUAUGUUAACGAAAUAGCAGUGGUUUGAUUAAAUAACUCAACAUUUUUUAAAAGAAUACAUUAUAUUAUAACUAAAAUGAAAAGGAUUUUGAAGUUAAAUUUGUUGACGUCAACAGUAAUUGAUAGGAUUGGUGAAUGAAUGCCUUCCUAAUUUGUUGGCGUCAAAAGUAAUUGAUAGGAUUGGUGAAUAAAUGCCUUCCCACACUUGUCAAGUUUUAAUACCUCAUUGGCAAGAAGUGGAUGCCAGAGAUGAAGUUGUUAAACAUUCUUUUCCAGAUCACCAGCUCCUCCACCUGCUGAUCCAAGAUCACCAGCUCCUCCACCUGCUGAUCUAAGAUCACCAUCUAGUUCACCUUCUAGAUCAAGAUCAACUUCUAGAUCAAGAUCAAAUUCUAGAUCAGGAUCAUCAUCAAGAUCAAGAUCAUCAUCAAGAUCAAGUUCAUCCCAUCGAUCAAGCCCAUCACCUAGACCCAAAUCUUCAGCUAGGUCAAGAACCAUUUCCAGAUCACCAUCAAUUCCUAAAUCAAGAUCCAUUCCUCGAUCAAGAUCAACGUCUGUUUCCAGUGCUGAAUCUAAGAGGAGCACUAAACCUGAAAAGUUGCGCCAAGAAAUGGUAUGGUAACAGAUUAAAUUAAAUAUUUCAUUUUGUUUUAAUUAUCUCUUUAACUGCCUUCUUUUUCAUCCUGAACAUUUUUGAUGAAUUUUAAAACUAAUGUGACAGCAUUAUGUCAACUUUUUGACAGCAAUAUCAUGUCUGACCACUAUUUCAUAUGUGACAAAAAUUUCUAAUUAAAAUAUUUUCACUGAUCAUUCUUUAAAAAAAGUAUUUCAUUGGUGGAUCUUUCCAGAACAGGCAUGGGGUUCUGUUGUUAACUCAUUCUUAUUAAAUCACUAUUUUGUACAGUGAAAUGAUUUGUUACAAAAUUAAUGUAAAAUGAUUUGUUACAUAAUGAUAGUAAAUUGAAUUUUUACAUAAUAAAUGUAGAUUGAUUUGUUACAUAAUUUAAGUUAAAUGAAUUUUUAACAUAAUUAAAGUAUAAUGAUUUGUUACAUAAUUAAAAUAAAAUGGUUUGUUACAUAAUUAAAGUAAAUUGAUUUGUUAAAUAAAAUAAAGUUUAUUUUCACUUUAUUUUGGAAAUUAUUCAGCUCUCUUUGUGCGUUAGUAGCUGUAUAAAAUUAAUGAGCCUUAUAUAGUGGUAUGUUAUUUUUUUAAUCAGAUCACUUCAUUUGUUCUGAUGGGGAAAGAGCGAGGUGAAGAAGAAACUCUCUACAGAAGUAAGUCAUAAAAACUUUUCUUUCCUGUCAUUGAAAAUGUUUGGAGCAAAAGCAAAAAAAAAAAAAAAAAAAAAAGAAAAACAGGAGCAAACUUUCAAAAACAUUUUCUCCCCCCCCCCCCCCCCCCAAUCCCUUCAACAGACUAUAAUAAAUUUGAAAAACUGCUUAUGAUUGCUAUGGCUACUCAGACAGACUUAAGAUUUUGCUUAACUGUGGUUUUGAAAUUUUAUGAAGUUUCUAUCUUCGCAUAACGUGAUUAAUGCAAGUGCUUGUUUUCUUUGUUAAGUAAUAAAUUGAUAUAACUAUUAUAACUGCUGCCAUAUUUUUACUGUUAAAAUUUAGUCUCUGACUCCAGCAGGUGUAAUUGAUAUGUAUCAAGUGUGUUGGGCGAAGUCCUAUAGAAAGGUUACAUCUCUGCAUGAUCGAGCUUAUUUUCUAUUUGAAAAGGGGUUAUAGCUACAGGCAUUUUAAAUUAAUCACUUUCAUUGUUCAUUAUGAUUGAACUGAAAUCUAGUAAUAAAUGAUGAAUGGGUCAAAGGUCGGUGAAGUCAAAGCUGCAAAUGUUUAGUGGUACUUUUAAGUGCUCUAGCUCUAGUCAUAAUUUGUACAUCCUUUUUAUUAUGAAGGCUUCAUGAUUCAUGGGAUUCUGGGAAGAUGAUCAGGCAUAGUAUUCUGGGAAGGUGAUCAGGCAUAGUAUUCUGGGAAAGAGAUCAGGCAUUGUAUUCUGGGAAGGAGAUCAGGCAUGGUAUUCUGGGAAGGUGAUCAGGCAUAGUAUUCUGGGAAAGAGAUCAGGCAUUGUAUUCUGGGAAGGAGAUCAGGCAUGGUAUUCUGGGAAGGUGAUCAGGCAUGUUCCCAGAUAAAAAUAAGCUACACCUCAGCUCUGCCGUUUAAUAAUUGUAACAUAGGACUUGAUUAGAUAAGGGAAUUGAAUCUGUUUAAUAAAACUUUAUAAGUCUAAAGACUUUAGAAGUUCACCCAUGUUUAGAGGUGAGUGGUCUCACAAGGUUCUUUCAUUCAAGGCCGACCACUGCAUGGUUAUUCAGAAUGGUACAUAUCAAACAUUCAGUCAAUAGAAUCAUGGAAUAAAAACAGGUUUAACAAAAAAUUUUAAUCAGAUUGUUUAUUUGCUUUAAAUAAUUUUUUAUUAAUGGAGACAUGAAAAAGCAUGAAAGAUUUUAUAGCCCCUGCUUGUGUCAACCAAUUGUAACAUGCUUAUGUCUGGUCAACACCUUGUAGGUGAGCCAAAACCCAACUUCCUGUUGAAACUGAGAAGAGAUUUGCCUCCCAUUAAAGAGACGGAAGUCGAUGCCUUGGCUCGGUGGCUGGAUGACGGCUGGUAUUACCGAUGUAAGUGUUUUUACAAAUUUCACCAGUUGUUAUUGUUGUGACAAAAAAAAUAACAUGUUCGUACAAGUUUUGUUUGUAUAAGCGGUAAGAUGACAUACUAGAAAACCUUUAAACUGUAGUGGAGGACAUACCACGGUGAAAAACUAUACACAUGUAUUCAAGUAUGCUUGAUUAAAAAAUGUCAUAGCUGCGCAACAAAUUUUGAUGCAAUUAAAAAUUUUGUUUGUUUUUUAGGGGCAUUUUUUAUAUUAGACAACUGUUAAGCAGUUUUGUGUUGAAAUAGCUUCAACGCUUAUCUUUUAAUCUUGUGGCUAAUUGAGUGCCUGCUUCCAACUUUGGUGGCUGAGUGCCUGCUUCCAACUUUGGUGGCUGAGAGCCUACUUCCAACUUUGGUGGCUGAAUGCCUGCUUCCAACUUUGGUGGCUGAGUGCCUACUUCCAACUUUGGUGGCUGAGUGCCUGCUUCCAACUUUGGAACAUCCUAUACAACACUGCCAUUGUACUAUAGGGCCAGUCCAUACAACACUGCCAUUGUACUAUAGGGCAAAGCUAUACAACACUGUCAUUGUAAUAUAGGGCCAGCCUAUACAACACUGCCAUUGUAAUAUAGGGCCACCCUAUACAACACUCUCAUUGUAAUAUAGGGCCAGUCUAUACAACACUUUCAUUGUAAUAUAGGGCCACCCUAUACAACACUGCCAUUGUAAUAUAGGGCCACCCUAUACAACACUCUCAUUGUAAUAUAGGGCCACCCUAUACAACACUCUCAUUGUAAUAUAGGGCCAGCCUAUACAACACUGUCAUUGCAUUAUAGGGCAAGCCAAUACAACAAUGGCGUUGUGACAUAGGGCCAGCCUAUACAACACUGCCAUUGUAAUAUAGGGCCAGCCUAUAAAACACUGACAUUGUAAUAUAGGGCCAGCCUAUGCAACACUGUCCUUGUAAUAUAAGAUCAGCUUAUACAACACUGCCAUUGUAAUACAGGACUAGCCUGUACAAUACUUACAUUGUAAUAUAAGACCAGCCUAUACAACACUACCAUUAUAAAAUAGGGCCAGCCUAUACAACACUGUCAUUGUAAUAUAGGGCCAGUCCAUACAACACUGCCAUUGUACUAUAGGGUCCUUGUAAUAUAAGAUGGCCUAUACAAAACUACCAUUAUAAAAUAGGGCCAGCCUAUACAACACUGUCAUUGUAAUAUAGGGCCAGCCUAUACAACACUCCAAUUGUAAUAUAGGGCCAGCCUAUACAACACUCUCAUUGUAAUAUAGGGCCAGCCUACACAACACUCCAAUUGUAAUAUAGGACCAGCCUAUACAACACUCCAAUUGUAAUAUAGGGCCAGCCUAUACAACACUCCAAUUGUAAUAUAGGGCCAGCCUAUACAACACUCCAAUUGUAAUAUAGGGCCAGCCUAUACAACACUCUCAUUGUAAUAUAGGGCCAGCCUAUACAACACUCCAAUUGUAAUAUAGGGCAAAGCUAUACAACACUCUCAUUGUAAUAUAGGGCCAGCCUAUACAACACUCCAAUUGUAAUAUAGGACCAGCCUAUACAACACUCCAAUUGUAAUAUAGGACCAGCCUAUACAACACUCCAAUUGUAAUAUAGGGCCAGCCUAUACAACACUCCAAUUGUAAUAUAGGGCCAGCCUAUAUAACACUCCAAUUGUAAUAUAGGACUAGCCUCUACAACACACUCAUUGUAAUAUAGGGCCAGUCGUACAACACUCUCAUUGUAAUAUAGGACCAGCCUAUCCAACAUUGCCAUUGUUAUAUGCUAGCUGAGGCUACCAUUUUGAUAGACCUGUAAGUCAACUUCAGGAAAGUUGCAACAGUGAAGGACACUGAACAACACCCCACUGCAAGAUAUGGCAUUGUUGUAGUGCGCAGAAAGCAAGGUCACGUUUACUGAUUGUGAGAAGUCAAACAACUAUACUAUCAGCAUAAUAUCAAGAUUUUGGAAUGUUGAAGUCCUUCUGGAGUUUUCCCGACCUGAAGAGCCACAACACAACCAGAAACUUUGACAGUGAUUUUUUUAGUAUUCUUAUGUGUAUAUUGGAAUGAUUGAAACAACUAGCAGGUCAGAACUGAAGCUGGGGGUUUUCCAGACCAAACGCAUACAAGUGGUUAACAGAAUCUUUUGGCCAAAGACAAUCUCCAAUGAAGAAUUGCAACGUCCUCAAACUAACAUCACCAGACAGAACUAAAGCGGACUGCCUUUAAAAUAAGACCGAAAAAGACCACAAAAGAUAAGACACAAAAAAUAGAUGUGUCAUUAGAAUAGUGAAGUGUCCCACGGAAGCAGCUGAAAGACGGAAGUUUGGUCCCUUGGCCAUUGCAUAUAUGCCAACACCAUCAAUGGCAUUCACUAAUUUUGAUCUGAUAGAAAACAGCCCCUGUCUAACGCCAUAGUCUCAACUCAAAGCUGCAAGGGUGUGUGUAUUCUUACACGACUAAGUUAAACAAUCAGUUUUACUUUGUCCUCCAAUAAACAGAGUCCUGAGUUGACAUAGCAACGAACAAAGAUUCGUAUUUUGUGUUUGAAUGUGUGCUCAGCAACAGGAAGCCAAGAGUCAGUGCAAGGGAGAUUUUCUAGAACUAAGUCCCUAUCAUCAACUUUGCUAAAUUAUAAACAGUGUAUGACAGCGUAAUUUUGGACACUAAGCUUUCUUUAAAAACAAAUCAAGAAAGGUUGCCAAGAAAGCUCUACAAGAAAACUGCCUUGGAAGUGCCAAGAUCCCAUUUUCCCGUCAAAGGGAAAAAAAAAUAUACAAGCUUGAAAUUCUGCCAUAAACCGCAAUAGAUUGAAAUCAUAACCAUUAUAUUUCAGGUCUGAGCCUUUGUGUAAAAAAUGUGUUCACUUCAAGAGUCAUGCAGUAAGAACGUUGCUUGUGAAAAUAUCAAGUCAAGUGAGGACUGGAUGCAUGAAAUAACUACUUGGGCGUAGGUAAAUGGCAGGUUGGAGCACCAAAAGGCUCCUUGGGAAAACAAUGUUAACUAACGCUAAGAGAUACAACAUCGUCUUCCGGAUCAUACCAGCCGACUAAAUCGACCAAUGACUGUGCCGUAAGCCAAUUUCUUUCCCAAACUCCGCCCGCAGCAUAAGUUUCCAAACCUAAAGAACAUGAUGGUACUUGUUAGUGAAACAACAACAAAAACAACCUUUUUUUUAUUUGAUGUUUAAAUUGUUCGUCUGGGACACGUUAACCUUUUGCCAAUUAUUGAUUUGUCACCCUCCCGCCCCCUUAUGAUGACCUAUUCUUCAAUGGCGCCUAUAUCGUUCAGUUCUUUUCUUGCGCAUAUAUUUUGUCUUAGUUUUCAUUUAAGACCACGCCUCAGUUGGUAACAUCUAAAAUGCCUGACAUUAUUUUCAUAUUUUUAGAUUGCACACUAUAUAUUUACUGAGCAAUCGUUUCCCUGGCUGAUUGAUUUGUUAUCUGUCGAUCACAUCACAACAUUAAUACAUAUAAAAAAUCGAAUUGAUGAAACACGGAUUAUGAGUCUUAACAGAAACUAGUGAAACUAGGCCAUAACGCACGCCCAAGGUCUAACUGGUGAUUGCCGACUUUUUGGUGCAGCCUCCGAAGAUUUCCGCAAACGUCUCCCGGUAUUUGCUGCUCAUCGUGUAGUACAUGAAGAUGUUGACGCUCGCGUUGAGCACCUCAAAGACUUGCGCCAGCGACACCAUGACGUAGUAAAUUUUGGCAUUCCUGCCCGUGUAGGUGAACUCCGAGUCCAGGAACAUCCAGAUGUACACGGCGACGAUCGGAGUGGAGCAGACGAUGAUGACCGCGGCGAUCAGCGUGACCAUCGUGAUGGUCUUCUUGUUCCGCGCCGACAUGUUCUCCUUCUGUCCUUGGUCAGACGUGGCCUCCAUGCGCCAUUGUUCUUUGGACUGAAGUUUAAAAAUCAGUAUGGCCGUCAAGAUGAUCUCGGCGAUGAAAGUUCCAAUUAAAAACGUAGCGUACAGAAUGGCGGUCAGGCCCAUCAUGUGGGAGUACUGCCUCCUGGGGACCAACCCCAACAGGGUGCGAUUGACCUCGGGGAAAAAUUUCCAAUCGAUGUAUAAAUAGGAAUACUCUGGAACCAAGAGGCUUAUCAUCAGCAGAAAACAUAAACAGAUUAUGAUGACGGUCCUUCUCGGGGUGAGGAUCUGCUUGACCUUGAGGGGUGUGACGAUGCAGAGGCACCGUUCCACCGUAAUGUACAGCGUGAUCAGGCAGGUGAUGCGGGCAAAGCAGUCGUGCGGGUAGCAGGCGGUCAGGUGCUGGAUGUCCGCCGGAUCGAUCGACAAAUUGACCUUGUAGAAGAGCGGGUUCAUGCACACGUUGUACCACAGCUGGGUGAUGAGGCUGAGGAUGUCCGAGAUGGCUAUACCGAACAGGCUGAUGUUGAUGGAGUUGUCCAGGCCUUGCUUGUAGAAGAUCGUCAUGUUGAUGAUGUUGACCACCGUGCCGAACACGGACAGGACGUUGCAUAUGACCAGAUUGUUCACCACCACCACUAUCCAGGUGACGUCAGUGCCGAAUAUGGCGUCCAGAAGUUUGAUGGCUUGAAAGUCAUCGUUGGGGGAAACUGUUUUGGUGCUCACCUCUGAAAUCAUGUUUAGAUAUCUUGUCUUUCUCAGAGAACCAGUUUAAUAUCCUUUUCCCCCACUAACCCUUUGAAUAAAAAUCUUUAUUACGAGAUACUGUUUUGAGCCAACAAAAUUAGCUCACUACACUUUGAUACACUUCAACAGUUCGGAAAUCUCUGGGUGAAUCCAGCAACCAAUUAAGUGUGAACCCCACCCCCCCCCCCCCCCCCNCCCCCCCCCCCCCCCCAAGUUAAGCCAAUCUUUACGACUUAAAAAUUGGCCUCGUACGCCUGUUCUGGUGGCUCAAUUAUGCCCCUUGCUUCAGUUAUCUCCCUUGUUUUGAGCUGCGUCACCUAAAUGUUUAUAGCGAUUAUUGUAUCAAAGCCCGCGGGAGUAAUCAUUACCUCAUCACACAGUCUACCAGCUAAUUAUCUUUCUUCCCAGCUUUGUGUUUCUUAGUGGCUGUCACAUGUUUUCCCCAUUAUCCUUAAAUCACUAUUGACCUUUGUCAUCCCAUUAUCCUUAACUUACUACUGACUUUUGUCAUCAGAAAUUUUGAUUCUCAACGGAGAUUCAGAUUUUUCUAAUCAACUUUGACCGAUAACUCAUUCAUUAUGUUAAUUUUGGGAAGAAAUGUGUAUGUAUCACUCCAGACAGUUUGAUCUACUAAAAUUACACAAAUAUAAAUCCAAUAAAGUGAAAUUGAAUACCUACAAAUGGUUAUUUUAUUUACUAAAUUAUCUAAUUUUCAAGGUUGUUUUUAUUUUUUUCGUUUCUUAUUUUUUUUUUUACAAUUAAUUUUUGUUGUGGUAAAUAAUGAGGUAGGUCUCUAGAUGAGUUUGAUCUCAAUUGUCUUUGUUACUUUUGUUAAGAUUAUGAUAACUAAAUUACUUUUCUUACGUCUCCAUCUGAAUCUGAUGCUUAAGUUUAGCCACGGGGAUUGAAUUUUGAUUAUUUAUUUUAUUAUUAUUGUAAAAUACUGCUUCUAUUUCUAUGAAUAAUAUUACUCAAAUUUAAUUUUAUUGAAUAAUUUGUCACAUUUGUAUUACCACCCACCCUACCUAAAUGACGAACAAUUUAUUAGGGAAUCCACCCCCCCAACCCCCCCCCCCCCCCACCCCCCCCCAACCCCCCCCCCCCCAACUCCCACACAAAGAAAGUUUUUUUUCCUAUUGAAUUAGUUUAAAGAUAUUUGAAAGAUUAGCUGGUGUUAUUGGCAUUGCAUUGCUAAAACUGAAUCGGACUGACAAGGAAAUUAAAGAUUUUAGCCUUGGAUAAUUUUUUUUUUAAAAAUUGACAUCAUUUGUUCAUCUGGCUAUCUCAGAUAAUUCAGCAAUUUUCUAAAGACAAGAAUUUCAAAUAUUGAUUUGACUUUCGGCAGUUUGAAAAAGAAAGGUUUCAAUGACUCAUAACACCGCGAUAAAGUAAAUAAAACUAUAUGGUCUAAGCUUUGUUUAACUAUUACUUUACAUAAAAAUUGUGUGUUUUUGUUUUCGAUGUGGUGUAGAUGGAGACAGCAUGGUGCAACAGCACAAGUUGGUCAUACUUAUCAUUGUUCAGUCAGGCUAUGAUGGUAGAAGGGAACUGCAUUGUCAUUUCUGCAUGGUUGUGUUACAUUGGAGAUCAGGGAGGCCAUAGCCUAAACAUCUGAACUAGGGAGACCUUAGCUUAAACAUCUGAACUAGGGAGGCCACAUAGCAUAAACAUCUGAACUAGGGAGGCCAUAUAGCAUAAACAUCUGAACUAGGGAGGCCAUAUAGCAUAAACAUCUGAACUAGGGAGGCUACAUAGCAUAAACAUCUGAACUAGGGAGGCCAUAGCUUAAACAUCUGAACUAGGGAGGCCAUAGCUUAAACAUCUGAACUAGGGAGGCCAUAGCUUAAACAUCUGAACUAGGGAGGCCAUAGCAUAAACAUCUGAACUAGUGUUGAGUUGAAAUGGUCAUUAAGAAAAGCAUUGGUUUAAUUACAUGCAGGCAGUAAUGACAUUUGUAGAAAUGGUUGAAAGUAUGCAAUGAGAAAGUUGAAAGCAACAAUCCUAGAAAUACUAGUGGAUGAUGAUAGAGGACCUAAUCUCCAUAAAUCUCCAUCAAGUUAUGAAACUGUAAGAAUUUUAGAAGCACUACACUUUGUUAAACUACAAUUUACUUUUGAACGCUUCAGUCAAAUCCUUAAACAAAAAUAUUAUUAUUUUUAAUAAGAUGUCACAUCAGUCUCCAUGGUAAUAUUCAAAUAAUGAACAUCAGAAAAGGGAGAUCAUUGUUUUAAAAUAGCUGAAAAAAAAAAUUUGGUGUGCAUCAUAAAUUGAUGCAACUUUCUAAAAAUCAACCAGUAAAUGUAAUAUUAGGAAAUUUUUACUACCUGACAUAUAGGUUCAGGUGGGCAAUAAUGUUAAUGGAUUCUGAUGGGCUCAUAAAGUUAUCAUUAGGUCACUAAUGAAUAUGUUUGUUGAAUUUCGUCCAAAACUUGGCAUACUAUGAAAAUAUCUCAUAAAAUAAGAUAUCUGGUCACAAUCUCAUUAUUAUGCUUACGAUUAAAAGAUCUUUUUUUUUUAAAGUGUCCAAUUCCUACUUCUGUUUUCCUUAUAUAAUUCCCAUUCCACUUCUCAAUAUAGUUUCUUCUGUAAUUUGCUUUACUCUUUCCACAAGUGAUACUAUAAUAUUUAAAAAACAAAAUUAUAUCUUUUAAAUCUUUUUUUUUAGAGUAAUUUAUUGUUGAAUAAAUUAUUAAUUUUUUUAAAACAAGUGUUUUUUUUUUAAUCUUGAGAUUUUAAAGACAGGAAUUUAUUUUUGAAAUCUAGAAAUACUUUAAAACUGGCUUUUGUUAAAGCUGGAUCCAUGUUCAUCAUUAAAGAUACUAUUUUUCUAUCUCAAUGAUGUGUGAGAAUCAACUUAACGGUUACUUGUGUCAACAGGUCACAUCAUUCGUUGCUAUUCAGAUCAAAGCUAUGAUAUGAAAGACAGCACAGGACUAGUUGAGAGGAUCUGGAGGGAAGACAUCAUCUCCGAUGAGGAUGAUUAUAACAAAGAUUUUAAAGUAAGAUAACACUUAAUAACAGAUGUGCAUAUUAGAAUUCCUGAUAGUGUGCUAUAGCUGGUUCAAACUUGUGUGUUGCUAGAUGUAUAAAAAGGGGAAGGGGGUAAAUGUGCACAAGUUAUUUUUCUGUGGGCAUUUUACUCCAUACUUAGUCAGAUAGAUCCUAUAAUAAUUAUUGGAUUAGAUUAGAAUUUAAUAAUAAUAGGCUUUGACACUCCAAAGGGGAAUUUUUAAAAAUAAUAUUGGUAUUUGAAAGAUGUGUCUCUGACUUUUAGUGACAUUAUUAGUUUUACUGUGUCAUAAAUAGAUUGAAAAUCACAUGAGUAUUGUUUUAAAUUUUAAUGAUCAUUUCCUUUCUGAUGAACAAACUGGAUUUUCAAGGGGAUAUCUAAUUUUUUAAAAAGUAUACCUUUUGUCAAAUAAAUAAUGGCUUCUUGUUGGAAAUAGAAUUAUAUUUUAUAAAGAUUAAUGUUAAUAUUAUAGUUAUAGGUCAAAAUGAAAUGUAUUCUAUUGAAUUCUGUUGUUUCAAUAACUUCACAAAUGUAUAAUACAACUGCUGUCCACAGAAUGUUUCAAUAACUUCACAAAUGUAUAAUACAACUGCUGUCCACAGAAUGUUUCAAUAACUUCACAAAUGUAUAAUACAACUGCUGUCCACAGAAUCAGUUUGAAAUAGAUAUCUGUAAUAAUCUACUGAGUAAAGAAUAUGAUUAUGUUAUUCAAAUUAUAAAAGUGUCUGCAGACAAUAGAUUCAUAUGCCCUACUUCUUUAAACAUUCUAAGAUCACUCCCCAAUUUUACAUGCUGGUUAAUAUAGCUGACGAUAUAGUCUCCCCUUUUAUAAUUCAUCAUCAGUAUUCAUCCGCCACAUAUUUCUGGGUGAGUUUUACACUAUGGUAAACAACCACUAAAUUUCAUGAUGUUACGGUUACAUGGACAUAAAUAAAUAAUAUUUUAUUUUCAAGUCCAGGCGUCAGUGUGAGAAGAAGAUAAUGAGAAAUGUCAAAGGCUAGCCAAAAUGUAAAACUAAUAUUGUAAACAUUAAUUUAGAGUUGUUUGUUUUAAAUUAAUUUAAUGACACAUCACAAAGCUUGUCAUUUCAACAAUGAACACUCCACAGGAAGGUGACACAGUAGUGGCCUUGCACCCGAAGUACAGCUUCAGCUACGCCCCAGGGGUCAUCAGUGAGUUGAAACAUGAUGAGUUUGUGGAAGUCAGAUUUUACGAUGGUCAAACAGCGGAGCUAUCCCUUCAAGAAGGCAAGGUGUACCACAUCAGCACCAGGAAGUACAAGCUUGAUGUGGAGUUCAUAGAGAAGAAGGAGAAGGAGUGGAUUGGAUCAGCUGUCAUUGCAAGGGAUGACAAGACAGGCGCCUAUUUCCCAGGUGAGUUUUUUCUUCUUGUUUUAUAAUACAAAACAGAAAUGUUUUAAUUUUGAUAUCCGAAAACCUCCUUAGAUCAGUAAAGUAAAAAACAUUUUUAUAAACAUCAUGGUAAAUUCAUUUUUUAUGAUUGUUAAUUUUGUCUCAAAAGUAAACUAAAUUUUAAUGCGAAUAAAGACAUUUAUUAUUUGAUCACUAAUAUCAAUAUACACUUAUGAAUUUGAUAACAUGUUCAUGAUGUAAAACUCAUUAUGCAUGUGACCAUGGUAAGCAAUUAGGAAACUUCUAGAGCCCGUUCCCAGGGACAUAAAUAAUUUGAAACUGUUUUGAAUAGUUGCAAAUGAGGAUGACUUUACCCUCCCCCUGCCUCUCCCAUCUUCAACAAACAUGUUUUUUCUUUAGAGUUGAUUGGGGUUGUUGAUUGCACCAGAAAUAAAGUGCAGGCUCUAUCUAUAGAACUCAAGCUAUAGAACUCUAGCUAUAGAACUCUAGCUAUAGAACUCUAGCUAUAGAACUCUAGCUAUAGAACUCUAGCUAUAGAACUCUAGCUAUAGAACUCUAGCUAUAGAACUCUAGCUAUAGAACUCUAGCUAUAGAACUCUAGCUAUAGAACUCUAGCUAUAGAACUCUAGCUAUAGAACUCUAGCUAUAGAACUCUAGCUAUAGAACUCUAGCUAUAGAACUCUAGCUAUAGAACUCUAGCUAUAGAACUCUAGCUAUAGAACUGUAACUGUGCACCAGUAGUGUUUAGCCACACCAGAAAUAUUUUAUCUCCUUAAGGGAAGCAACACCUGACAAUCAUUUUUUAAAAUAUUUAUAAUUUAAUAGUUGAGAAAAUUCAGUAAGUACACAAAUAAUGUUGGUGUUUUAUUUUGUAACAUGUUUGCACCCUGUUCCAUAUGUGCCUAUACAGAUACUAAAAUUGUAAGACAGCUGUGUGGGAGGGGGGGGGACAUUUCUAGGCUACAUUUAUGUCACAUUUGUUGUUCUUUACAUAAUAAGUUUAUGAGAAAAAUGUUGGUUUGAAGGGGUCAGAAAUUACAGGACUGCUGCCAGGGGAGAGAACCUGCAGGGAACCCUCACAUUCAAGUGGUAGCAAAUACAAAAAUAUACUUUGUUGAAUUAUUGAAACUUCCCACUUACAGCAACCACUCAGGUGGUAUCAAGCAAGCUUUUUGAUUGGUGGUAAUUUUGACAGUGUUUAGAAAAAUAUGAUGAUUUUUAAGAAAAAUUAGUGAUGUUCAACAUGAAUAAUUUCACGUUUUUUCCAUAGGAACUGUAAGGAAGAAGAUCAACAGUCAAAUGUACUCCAUUGAAUGGGCCAAUGGAAGCUCUUCACAUCAAAGUGUCAUACAUAUAUUUGGUGCUUUCACCCGACAACCAAAGCUGAGCCGAGGGGACAAAAUCCUCGCUUGUGUUGAUCCGCAUCAAGUCAAAUAUUUGCCAGGGGUUCUUAAUGAUUACAAAGAUGGGAAACUGGUGGUUAAAUUUUGCAAUGAGGAAGUGUAAGUAUCUGGAAAAUAAGUUACAAUAUUAUUUUUCUACUGCAGUCAUGUGCAGCUUAAAUGUUGUGUAAUCCAAAAUAUAGUAACGAUUACUCUUUUGUCCACAAUAUGGUAAAAUUUAACUUAUGAGUAAGUCCCAUGUUGUAAUUGGGCAUUUACGUCUUAUUUACAAACAUCAUUAAUUUUUGCCUGCUAAUUAUGGAUUAAGUAAUUUCAUCAAAACAAAAUGUGAUAAUAGUUAUUUCGGAACUUUUAUUUAUCUACAAAAAUCUGGCAAGGUGGCAGAUAACAUUUUACAGAUAUUUUAUUAUAAUCCUACAGACGUGAUGACAUCGAAGAGGGUCCUUGGUACUAUCUGAGUCAAGUCUAUUAUGAAGAUGCCAUGAACUAUUACAAGAAUAAAAAUAAUAUGAAGAAAUACUGAGUUAAAAACUGCUUGCCUUGUCACAGCUUUCUGUGUACACAUCAGUUUGGGUUUACCAUUAAAUAAAAUUUUCAGCGGAGGUCAGUUGACUCACUUCUGAUGUUAGGUGAAAUGUUGUUUAUUUUUUAUGUAAUCAAGAAGAUUUGGUUUCUUGAAUUUAUAAAUUAAAGAUGGUCUUUAUCAAUUACUUGUCAUUAUUUUGAAAGACACGAAUGAACUCUAUUUAACUUAUGUUAGUACAUUGGUAAUUUUUUGCAAUAAUUCUUUCUUAUAAAAUUCUUUUAGCUUCUGUUUUAUAAAAAUGUUUGUGUAUUACACAAGAACUCAUUUUUCAAUUUUAUAUAUUGUCAUUUGUCUACAUAUUGAAAUGUAUUUAUUUAUUAUUUAUUUGAGGCAAAACUUAAAAAUAACUUAAUUUAAGCUUGGAGCUUAAAUUGUUUAAAUGAUCAACAGUAGAACACCACAAUUGUUACGGCUAUUACAACAGUUACAUAGCUAUUGAGGAAGAUUGACCCUUGACACCAUGUUAUUGAAAUGCUCUCAAGACAAUGGUGUCAAUAUGAUAUAAAUUGUAAAUGAUAAAAUACCUUUGAUAAACUGAUAUAAUAAUAUUUAUAAAAGGUCAUGUUCAUUAGUUUCACACCCUGAACUCAUUACGUGGAAUAUUUGUUUAAGUUUUACUGUCUACUUCCCUGGAGACUUGAAAUAUUGGAAUAUUCUGCAGAUUUAAACAUAUAAAAACCAAAUGCCAAUGUAAAUGUAUCAAUACAUUGUUAGUCCAUAGUUUUUUUUCAAAUAUUUUUUGUAUAAAGAUAGAUACAUAUUUAUAAAUAGAACAAAAUCAAGGUUUUGAUUUUUUUCAAGUGGCUUUGCUGUAACCACUGAUAUUGCCAUGUUACCAUAGGUCUGAAUAAAAGGACAUGUAUAAAAGUGUUAAUGUUUGCUGAUCACAUCAUGACAUCAAUGCCAAAACUUUUUUUUUGAUGUGUUGAAAUAUCAUGUAUAUAGUUACCCAAGUGAUGUCUUGGGGCAGAGUCAAUAACAAAAAAAGGGACAAAAUGGCGAAUAUGUUAUAAGUGCCACAAGUGGGCCUUCUGAGAUCACUGUCUGGGAUAGCCUUCUGUGAUAGCAUAAAGCCUUCUGGGAUAGCAACUUGACAAACAAUCCAUUUAUAUAAAGAAUCCCUGUCUGCCUGAUUGGAUUAUGUCAAACUCAGUCAAACUUUGGAAGCUCUUCACCAAAAGGACGGGCCAUUUAUUGUCCUCCACAAGAAAGGACUGGCCAUUACAUGCCCUGUGAUUUUAAGAAAUGAUCUUGAAAUAUUAUUUGUGCUGUUCUGUGAUAUUCAAACUGUUAAUGUACUAAGUGUAAUAAUUAAUGUUUUUUUCUUUCUAAUGUAAAAUAUUUUUGUCUUUUAAAUAAUAUGAGGCUUAAAUCCCUACAUGAAUAUGAUUAUGUGAUUAUCUUUUUAAUUUUUCAAGAAAAAAUCGCUAUCUUAUCAUUUUUUGUAUUUUUAUUAAUUUAGCAAAAAAUUUUAUGCUUACUUCUAUGAGUACUAUGACAAAUUUAACAGUGCAAAUUUGAAUAUUUUAAUUAUUUUCUGAACUGAAGAGCCAAAUUCAGAAAACUGUAAAAGGAACCUACAUCUUCUUCAACUUUUUAGCCAACUACUAUGGCAGUUACAUAAAUCACAAUUCUUGUUUGCAAAUAUUGUUAUCUAUUUAUAGUUUUAAACUUUCUUUAAUGUUUUUGAAAAAAUAUGUAAUUAACUAGGAAUUAUUGCUAAUGAAUCUUUUGAAAAAAAUAGUAGUAAAGCACAUUAUAUUUCUUUUAUGUUGUUUUGCUAGAGGCUAGAUGAGCUGAGACCAGUUAAACAUGAAGCAAAUGUUAGAAUAAAAUUAUUCCCUAGA